CACGCACGACUGUCGACCGCGUAUCGCUUGUGUCCGCCAGCCGUGUACGUGACGUGUGUGUGUGCGUGCGUGUGUGUGCGUGUGUGUGUGUGUCAUUUUCGACGUUUCGUCCAUUGCGGUGCCGUGCGCGACACGCGAAAACCGUCUCCGUGUACACCGGUGUCCUUUGCGUCGCGUUUGGAGCAAAGUGUCGUUGACGACGACAACGGUGGCCCCCACCAUGGAGGCUGCGGCUUACCCGGAUUUCCCGGAGUACGCGGGCUUUUCCAGCGGCGGCACCGGAAACGCCGAAACGCACGCCGACGACGAAGCCGUGACCGACGGCCUGACACCCGACGGCGACAAGUGCCGCCGUCCCCGGCGGUCGCGGACCGGCAUCUUGUCCCGUUUCCUGUCCGUCUUCGAGCCGUCCACGAACCGGCUGUCCAUGAAGAUAUUCGGCAGCGAGAAGGCCGUGCUCAAGGAACGGCUCAGGCAACGGUCCCUGGGCGUGUGGGUCAUUCAUCCGUGUUCCAAAUUCAGGUAUUUAUGUACCGUACCGACAUUGUUAUUACACUCGGCAUUAAAAUACGUCAGACCGGUCCCCCCGAUCUAUCAAUUCAUCCGCCCCGUGCGAUUUCAAACCACGGGCGUCUACAAUAAUUAUUGCCGGAAGUAUGCCGGAGCCGGCCACAUCGGGUUCGAAACUAGGCGCGGUGGUCCCGUAGAAUCAUUUGCUUGCCAAAUCUUUUCGAAUCGGCCAAACAGACUUUUUCAAUAUUAUUGUCGGCCAGAAAGAAUGUAAAAAAAAAAAAAAAACAAAAGAUUAAAAGACUGACAUGGUUCGCACGCGGGUGCAGCCACUGUUGUAGAUGGGAAGUUGGGAUGGUAGGAUAUAUAGGGUGAUAAUAAUUCGUACCUGUAAGCAACGAUAAACCGUUGGUUACGAAAAAACGAUUCCGAGCGGAGUUCAGUUGACAGCGAUGCUUUGUCAACAAUAUGUAUUAGGUGUAUAUUUUCUAUAUAUUUAUGUUUAGGUAUACAUAUUUAUUUAAUACCGUACCGAUUUUCCCGUUUUCUUCUACGUUUUUCCCGUGUUUUUUCCCGGUUUUUCUGGGAAAACUUUUGGGGAAAUCGAAAAAUGACCUCCCUAAAGUACGACCCCAAGAAAAUUUUCUUUCAAAAAUGGGUCUGCAUCGUGUAUAUCGGAAUAGGCUUUCUGGUGGAAAAGGUGUUUACGUAAAAAAAUCAAAAAUGAGUACCACCCCGGGAAAAUUCCUUUUUAGAAAGAGCGCUGUUCUUUCUGGUAGAAUUUUCGUCCGCAGUAAUACGAAAAAAAAAAAAGAAAUACAUUCAUCGCUGCGCUCAGAAUCUCCGUUUCGUCCGGGAAAAUUGUCGGGGUCGUGCGUUCGACAUACGAGCAAAGAGGGAGAAAAAUAGUGUACAGCAGGCGUGUAUCGUUAGGCGCGCAUUAGUGGCGUACGGCGGGCCGGCGCCGGGGGUUUCGUCGUUCCGUAACCGGUUGUCCGGGUGUUAUGUACACGCACGCGGACGGUUUGAAAGGACCGCCCGCGAUUCGUGUGUGUACUCGACGUGCGCGACGCACUCGCCCGAAGAAGAAUGUUCGAAGGAAAAGAACGUGAGAAAGAAGGAGGAAAAAAAAAAAACGAAACAAUCCGGGAGAGAACGUCAGCGCGCGGCGGAACGAACGGGGGUGCGCGUGUACGGGUCGGGGUUAUUUUCCGUGUAUCCGUCGCGUUUAUUAUCUUGCUACACAGUGUCUGCGCACGCCCGUCCGCCUGCGUCCCGGACGGACAAAUAACAAUACACGUGCCCGCGCUCCGCAUUAAACGGUGUAUUUAUCGUUACCGUGGACGGGAGAGAAAAUAUGAUGAAAGAAACGCCGCGUAAGAGAGCAGCGGGGUUGUGGGUGGGCGUAUGGUGUGGUCGGUCGCGGUGGGAGGGGGAGGGCGAGUACGGGGGUUUUCGGACGGGAGACGCGAUGUACAACAAUGUCGUCUCCGAUGGCGACAAUUCUCGCGUUUUCAAACACACGCGACCCCGCGAAGAAUCGUCGCGAUUUCGGAUUCUGAACGGGGCGACGAAUGUUACCGGUUUUUGUGCCGAUUAUUUAUUUACAUAUAUUUUUAUGCCGCGUGUCCGUGCGUACGAAAUUUCUCCGAGAAAUCUCGUUCCAAUCUAAACACGAUGAGCGACCGUUUUUUUUUUCUGCUCCAGUCGCGCGGUACACUUUAGAAGGCCAUCUUUUGAAAUUCCCGUUAAUAUUCGAGAUAAUGCGGAGAAAAAAAAACUGGUUCUUUAAGCCGAAAUAGAUUAAAAGAUUAAACAACAAGCGGACGUAUUCGUAUUUCGCACUGUGAGAAGUCGGCAAGGUAGAGGGGAAAUCCAAUGUUAAUUUGUGCGCGAAGAUUGACCUUUGCUAACGAAAAACGAUUCUGAGCGGAGCACGGUUACACAUGUUUUGAAAGUCCGCAAAUUUGAAAAUGAUACAUUUCGUACAUUUUCCAGUUUUUCACAUUUGUUAUAAAAACCCCUCGCUGUAAAACCAAUACAUUUCUCGCUCCGUUCAGAAUCUAAAAUAAGGUUGUCAUUGGCAAUUGUUAUUAUAUAUUUUUUUGUUUUAUUUUACAGUUUUUAUCAUUUGGAUCUUUUUUAAACAAUCGUUUUGUUAUGAAAAUGCAUAUUGUUGAAGAAACCAAUACUAUUGAUCGAGUUCUGCUCAGAAUCGUUUUUUGUUAGCAAUGAUUAAUCGUUGUGCACAAGUAUAAAUUAAAUUCUCUUCUAUAUUCUAUACCUUCUCAAUUUUUCACCUACAACAGUGGCCCACCCGUGAUGCGAAGUGUGUCUGUCCGUUUUUUAAUAUUGAAUUAAAGAUUUUAAUUUCAAAUCCCAUCGGACGUGUUUAGGAAAAUCUCGAGAUAUUUGUAAAACAACACUUUCGAGUACCUUUACACAUAUUUUUAACGCGAUGCCCGUGGCGAUUGUAAUUCCCUUUUGCUAUUUUAUUUUUUUUUUAAGCGAUUGAAAGUGAAAAAAAUUCAAUAAAAGAAAUUCAAUUUCACCCUCGCUUCUAUAUCACAGUUAACCCGUUGUCAUACUCUCUUGCCCGUGAACAUAAUUACAACCGUUUUGUUUUAGAUUCUGAGCACAGCGAAGAACGUAUUGGUUUUACUAUGGUGUGUGUUUUUAUUUUAAUUUCUACCAGUAGAGAUGGUCCAAUCAAAAAAAUGGUAGGAGAUUUAGAAAUGUAUGGAUUUUUGAUUUCUACCGGAAAUUUCGCUCCGAAUUUCAUCGUACAGAGGUAUUUAUUCUGAAAGAAAAUUGUUGGUUUUUCUUGAUUUUCCGAGUAGUUUCCUUAACAAUCGGACAAAACCGGGAUAAAUCGAUUACAAUUACAUACGCAGUGUAAAGGAAAAAUGUUGAUGCAUUACAAAAAAAAAAAAAUAACACCCGGAUUUAAUAUUUUUGAUUAGAUAUAAUUUUAAUUUUUCAAUAUUAUUACCGCUUAUUAUCGUUUCGGACAUUUUAAAGAACAUUGCGGUUUAUUAAUCACAAGAGAGUAGGGAAAAAAGCGAAACGUCGAUAUAUACAAUAAUUGCAUUAUCAUAACGCCGUAUCCGUAUUCUCAGGUCCGCUCGGUGCGUGUCUGCAUGCACACCCUAGUAAAUCUAUACGUUUCAACAUCAUAUCGUACGACAAACUAUCGAAUUGAAACACCGAAAUGCUUUUAAAAAUAUUUGAAUAAUUGUAUACCGUCUGUGUAUAUCUACUCGGUGUGAGUACUAUUAGUAGUACCCGUCGCGCCGAUUAAAGUAAUUGCUGUUAUUAUUCUAAAAUAUGAUGCGCCUACGGUAUAAUAGUCUUGGAUAAAAAAAUGUUUGAAAUAAUAAAACAAACCGCACCUCUAUGUAUAGCUACCGAAUGAUAAUAUUAGGAGUUUUAGUUUUAUUCGACUCGACCGGCGUACAAACGGGAUAAUACGCGAUAGGUAAUAAUAAUGUAUCACACGGAAUGCUACUAAUUAAUAUUACUGUAGAGCACGGAUUUAUACGCACCUAAAAUUCACAAAAAAAACGUUUAAAAACGUCAAAAAAGCUGUAAAAAAAAAAAAAACACUUAAAAAGGACGGAAAUAUUUCGCACGUGGGUACAGCCACUGUUGUAGGUGGAAAGUUAAGAAGAUAGGAUACAGACGGGAAUUGAAUGUAUAUCUGUAAGCGACGAUAAACCGUUGAUAACGAAAAGACGAUUCUGAGCGGUGUUCAGUUGAUAGUGUUGCUUUGUCAACAAUACAAUAUAUGGUAUAUAUCAUAUUAUGGUAAAAUGAUUACAACAAUGUGCGUUUCCAUGAAAACAAUGAUUGUUUAAAAAAAGAUUAAAAUAAUGAAAACUUAAUAAUAACAAAAAAUAAAUGUUUUUAUUUAUUUAUUUUGUAUAUUUAUAUUUUGUAUAUUUAAAAAAUAAAUAAAAACGGUUGUCAAUGAAAACCUUAUUUUUAAUCUUUCAAUCUUGUUUAACCUAAAAACCGAGGCUUUCUUCAUAAUGUCGAAUAUUAAUGAGAAUUUCAAAAAAAUAACCUCUUUAAAGUACCACCCAGAGAAUAUUUCUUUUUAAAAAAGGAUACUUGAUAAUCGGAGUAUGCUUUCAGGUAGAAAAAGUGUUCACAUAAAAAAUAAAAAAAAUAAACAUCAUUGUAAAACCAAUACAAUCCUCGCUCCUCUCAGAAUCUAAAAAUAUUUAAAAGAGCAAUAAAAAGGUUGAGCAGUUUGAAAGUUUCCCUUUCUAUUGUUUCUAACUUAUUAGAAAUAAUUAUUGAACACUAAUAAAAUGUUUAUUUCAAAGUAAUUUUUUUCAAAUAAAUUUGUACGUGUUAUAAAAAAAUGUUAUGCUUUGUGUUUUGUCAGUAUGAGAAAAAUGUAUUUAAUGGGUUGAGUGAGAAUUGUCUGUCAGAGUGGGGACUUAAAAACUCAUCCAUACCACUUUUGCUUUUUUGACGAUUUUAGCGCUUUUUUACGGAUUUUAAGUGCAUAUAAAUCCAUGUCCUAAUUAUUAGAUGUACAAUUUUACAGUAGGCGAAGGAAGAGUAACAGUAUAACGCAAGUACUCGUGUGUCCAGGGGAAAGACAAGAAAAAAAAAAAAAUACCAAACAACUCUUCUUCUCGGUUUCGUUUAAACCGGUCGUGCAGUUAAUCAGAUGCGUUUGGAAAAAAUAAAUAGUACUUACCUUAACGAAUUAUAAAUAUCCGUAUUACUCAUAUACACACCCGUUUUUGUUAUGCCCCGCGGACAGGAUCGGCUUGGGAAAUAUCGGCGCAGUCGAUUUCGCGGGGCCACGAUUCGCCGAUAUUACUUUUAUUUCUUCCAAUACCGAUGAUGUAUGCAAAUCUUAACAGAGUUCUUCUGGUGCGUCCGUUACUUUUAAUUCAUAUUUUUCUAAAUAAUUAUGCGAAAUUAUCAUUUAUGAAUUUAUUAUCAGUUAAAAAUAAACGACGUGACGUAAAAACAGCGGGCUCUGUACGAGUGCACAGCUUACACAGUUGCACCGGCCUUGUCUGCAGAAAUGCAUAAUAUUAUGUUAAUGUGAUUGUAAAUUGUGAACGUAUUGAAUACAGAAUUUAUACGUAGAUACUUACCUACAAGGGCCCAGGGCAUUAACGCGUUAAAAAGUUAAAAGUUAAGUGAAUUCUAACUUUCAGCUUGUUAACCUUUGGUAGCUUUAGGCCACUAAGAUUUUUACAAAAAAUAAUAAUUACGUUCGCGUUAUUUUCAUGAAUAACGAGUUGAUUUCGUAUUACACGUCGUCAAAUAUUAUUUUCUUUUAAUAGUGCGUUAAAAAAAUUGUAAUUUACCUACACUAUAACAAUAUGUAAAUACCGUAUCGUAAAAUUAUAAUAAGUUUUCGUGCCGUUUUCUUUUGAUAGGAAGGACCGUAAAGUGUUCAUACUCCACAACACUAGGCACACGGCCUUUAGAUAUUAUUAUUGUACAUUUAUGUUUUCAACAAAUCACAGUUUGAAUAUGAAUACGAAUUCAAAUUAACUUAUAUCAACGAUUUACUUUCAACGCGUUAACUGUUUUACCGAUUAAACUUAAUCGAGUUAAUAUUAUUCAUUAACUUAGCCUGCCUCGGUUAUAUCUUUCUUCGUAUAAAUAACUACCUUUUUUCUCACGUCGUCCGUCACUUUACGCUUCGUAUUUUUCAAGCGUCUUACGUCGUUUUUUUUUUUUGUUUUAAUCCGUCGUAUAUAUUAUACACUUUCAAAUCGUCUUUUCUGUUUGUAUUAAUAAUAAUAAUAAUUCUCAACGUAUAACCUUUUUAUCCGUAAUAUAUUAUGGUUUAUAACUUUUGAUUACCAUUAUUAUCAUCAUUAUCGUUAUAUACCGCACUGCACACGCACACAGAGACAUACACACACACACACACACACGUAUUCAUAUAAACGUUGGUAAAACGAUCGCACGGGCCGUCGCGCUACCGAUGAAAAGAAUAUAUUAUUUUUAUGCAUGUAUAAGUAUAAUAUAGGUAUAUAUACACCGUGUCUUGUAUCGUGUUUAGUUUUUUUUUUUAUAAUACGAUCGAGAAAAAAUAUUACUCUUGGUUUUUUUUCGGUUUUUUACUCGGGGCUUUAUGAAGAUUUAUGAGAAUUUUUUCUUUUCGCCUCUUUUUUCGUGUCUCUCCCCUUCCAUUCUGUGUAUUGUAUAUGAGUCAGACCGGUUCCUUUAGCGCGUCCAUCUCCCACAAUAUGCUCACAAACACGACUAGGUAUAUGCAAUAUUAUUAUUAUCGUAUCGGCCUCCGCGUAUUUCAUCAAUCCCAUUGUGUGCGUGUUAUUAUUAUAAAGUUUAAAUUUAUUCGACUGUUGCUAACGCACUAACCGUUGCGUCUACAAAGACGACGAGUAAAUGCGUAUUGAGCUACACCCUGUAUCGACUGUGCACAGGGGUCCAUCAAAUUUCACGUUACAGUUAAAUUUCCCAUGACGUAAUUUUUCUUAAUAAUAGAGAAACCUCCGAAGAAAACAACAACGUGUAAACGGUUUCUGUUAAAUUGAUUUCGACACCACUAUUCUCCCUAGACUCAAACUUAAAAGUAGAAUAUAUCGUUACCGGAUUGAUGGAAAUCAAAAAUGUCUACAUCAACAUUUAUUUUAACUAAUACUCCAUCUAUGUAUUGAAUUUUUGAUGUAAGUUGCCAUUUAAAAAUCAAAAGCAGGUAGUGGUUUUAUUCCCAAAAAUAAGGGUGGCAAAAAAAGAACAUAAAUAUAAAAUUGUAGAGCUGCUUGUUCCUUAAAUGCUCUACAAAACAAAUUCCGAAAACAGUUAAUACUUAGUAAUAUAAGUGUUUACGACAUAUUAAUCACUCUGUAUUGUGUCUGUUAUUAUAACAUGCGAUCAGGUCCAGAUUGAACCAGCGAGCUACCGAAAAAAUCUUGGUGGGCCGCGCAAAAUUAUACCCGUUUUUAAUUAAAUGUAUGGCUAUUUUAUCUGUUUUGUAAAAUUAUGUUUAAUUUAUAAAAUCCUAAAACUCAGUGGGUCGAUAUAUUUUCUACACGGCGCUUCACUCCAGUAUACAUAAAAUUAAUCUAUUUUCCGGUACUUUUGGACACUUCGAUAACAUAUUUUGAUCGAAUUUAAAUAUGAAUCCCACCAUGCUGUUGCGGGAAUAGGGUGUUUUUUAGUAUUACGCUCCCCUUAAAGACCCCUCUUCCUAAAUAAUGUCAGGGAGAUAAAACCGUUUAUAUGCAUGGCGUAAGUAUUAAUGACGUGCCUUUUAGAGAUUUGAAAUUUAAACUAUUACCCCAACCAUUUUUAUGUUCAAAUUUCAUGUUUUGACAGGAAAUAUCGGGUUUAAAAUAUCUCUACACUCUCAUUCAAGUGACGAGAUUAAAAGCUGUAUAAGAAAAUAUAAAUAGCAUCGUUGUCAAGGAUGUGCUUUUAGAAGGUUUCAACUUCCAAUUCCCGCCACCACCGUCCGUUAGCAAAAAUCUCGAGUAGUUACUAUUUUACCUGUUUUGAUGUAACAUUUGAUUUCUUAUCGGUAAUGAGAUACUUUUCAUACCUAGAAUAAGGGGGGGGGGUUAGUAAACUGAUAUAAGUUAAGGGAGGGGGUGGUGGGUGUCAAUGUAUUUAAAAAACCAAAAAUAAUUGUGUAAAAUGUACAUUAAAAUGGGUAUUUCAAUUUUGUUUCAAUUAGCUUACAUUCUUCGACUGCCCGAGUACUCAAUGAAUUUAAUCCCUCCUAGGUAGAAAAUAAGCCGGUCGGAUUAUGUAUGCGACUAUAUCGAGUUUACAGUACAAAAUUUAAAUUAUAUCAUCGAUUAUAUCGUUCAUUUUUUAACUAUGUAUAUAAUAUGGUAUUUUUAAGACUUUAUAACUACAAUAUUACACUCUAAUUAUUAUAUGAAGCAUAUAAUAAUAAUAAUAAUAAUAACAUUAAUAACAUUAAUAACAUAAGAACACUGUUUUUUUUAUACCACACAGCUUUUUCCAGUGAGUAAAUUUCGUAUAUAUUUACUUAUGUACGGGGUGAUUUUUUUUUUCAUCUCGUUCAAACGAUUUUAUCGAAGGAUUUUUCGCAAGUUAAUCUUUUUAUUUUUUAUUAAUCUUUAUGGAAUUGUUAAAGAUUUAAUUUAACUCUAUUUUUAAAUUGAUACCUCUAGACUCCUAAUAUCUUAAAUGAAUAUCUAUUUUUAAUUUUCAAAUGGCAACUUCCUUAUUCAACAUGGGGUUCGAAAAAUAAUAAUAUAUUUAUAUAUAUAUUUUUAAAAUUUUUAUGUGCAUAACACUAAAAUCGGAUAUACCUACCGGCUCUGCGUUAAAAUUGUUUAAAAUGUAGGCUACAGGAGUAGGUAUUAUCGUCUACAAAUGUAUAUGAAAUGUAUUGUAUGUAUCCUUCCGCUACUGCUUUCCGGUCUUAAUGUUAUACUGUUAUAAUUUAUAAUUUAUAAACGGUUAAUCCAAUAUUUGUCAAAUACAUAUCAUGGUUUUCAGAAAAAAAAAAAUAAUCUCUUUUUGAAUCUAAUAUUGCUAGAAGUAUUUGAAAAAUUAAAAAUUGAUAUUUGUGAAUGGUGUACGGAUAUUAUAUUGAAAAUGUAGUAAAUCAUAUCAUUAAUCGAUUCUAUAACAACUGAUAAAACCAAUACUAAAAUCAAGGUAGUUGCUGGAUCAUGAUAAAAAUAAAAAAUCACCCUGUAUAUUUUCUGUGCAUUCAUUUAUUUUAUAAUCAUGAAUAGAGCACCUAUAAUAUAAUAUUUACCUUGGCUUUUUAUCGUUAGCUAUUAUUGCUAUUAAGUGUACCUACACAUAUGGGUACUGGGUUGUAGUCAUAACUAUACCAUAAUAUGCGUGCGUUAUAUGAAUUCUUUAUACUAGUUAAGCUGUAUAUUUUUAAUUAUAUACGGAAGAUAAUAUUUUAAUUAAAUAAAUCUUAUUAUUUUACCGGUGUUCUACUCAGAAUCUUAAUGAAAUAAUUAAAAAUAUCAUUAUUGUUUCACUCGUAUAUUAAUAUAUAUUCAUUAAUAUAUAGGUAUAUUCAGGGGCGGAUUGGUCCGUCUGGAAAUGGGAAUUUUCCAGAUGGACUGGACCAUAUUAUGGCCUGGUAGCCCGACCAUUUUUUAUUGGUAACAUAAUUCUUAAGUAAAUUUUUUUUUUUGUUUUAUUUCGAUAGACUGUUUAAAUAUUAUGCCAUUAUUAAUGUACCUAUAAUUUUGAAUACAAUGUAUGAGUAAGCAUUGAAUACAAAAUUUCAAAAUAUUAAAAAACAAAAACAUUGAUAUGCGUUGAUUGGCUAGAAAUAGAAAAAUAAAAGGUUUGCAAUCAAUGAUAAACCGAUUGAAGAAUCGGAAAAAAAAAUUGACUGGGUAAUAGGUAUUGAAAUUUACAAAAGUAAUAAAUAGGUACUAAUAUUAAAAAGAAAUGUACAAUAUCAAGAUUAAGAGUGUUAAAAAUUAAAAUACUAACGAUAUAUUGAUCGACUUACCUAUCUUUUUUAUCCCCAUCAUAAUUAAUUUUAUUUAAAAGAGGACUAUAUCAACUAAUUCUUUUGUACAAUUAACUCAAAACGGAGUAAUUUAUAAGAUAUAAGUUAGUAUUAUAAGAUAAUAAUGUGUUGACAUUAUUUUUUCGGUUUUCUCACAUUAUUAAGAAAAGUAAGAUAGAUAAAAAAAAAAUGACCUUUCUUUUGCACUAACAAGACAAAAUUGUCUACUUGAAUCUAAUCUUGAAGUUGAUACAAAGUGAAAUCUAUUUUACAGAAAUGUAUGACAUAGGUAUUAUCGUAACAAAAUUAAUUCGCAGCACUCAGUGUUUAAAAUUUAUUAAGUAAACCAUUUACUGUGAUAUUCACGUUGAUUUUUUUCCUAAGAUUUGGAAUCGCAACUAAAAUUAAAUUAUCUAGUUCACCAAAAUAGAAUUUGAAAUUAUUUUUAACUAUGUAUUUAAAGCUAAAUGUAUUAAUGCAAUUAUUUAACCAAACUUUUUUUUUUAUACACAUAAUACAUUAUUAUUGAAAAUGUAGUUCUGUGAGUUCAAAUUAAAAUACUGAAAUCAAGCGUAAUGAGAUAAUGUCAUUUGGUACGUUGCCUGGGAUACCUUUCGAUCUCCCGGCCUGAAUUUUAUUCUCACUUCGCCCCUGGGAAUGUUAUAAAUACUAGAAAGCGCAGCAAUAAUAUUAUAAUAUUCCUAUAUUUUAAUUUAAAAUUUAUCUAGAUAAAAUGUAUUAAACUUUAAAGUAUUCUUUAAUACUUGUACUAUAAUAUGUUCGACGUAAAAUCACCUGAUGUAGAAUUUGAUAAAAAGUAUAAGUUUAAAGUAGAUCCAAGUUUACCUUUUCGUUAUUAGUAAGUAGUAUUAAAAUAGUACGCAAAUAGUACAUAUCAUUGCUUAGAUACAUGCCGGUAUAUUUUUCCGUUAUUAGGUUAGGAUAGAUUGGCUAUUUUUAUUGAUUUUAGUCUUUAAUUUCCAACAUUUUAUAUGAAACUGUACGUAUUUUAAAAUUCGAUUCAAAAUAGUGGACUAAUCAAUCUAUAUGUAACAUGUACACUUCUCGAAUUCAUAUACUGAAUAUACAUUUGUUUUUAGAACCCUUACCGCUUACUACUACGAUCUGACCAAUUGAAGUGAAAGCUUCAGUUCGGAGUAACAGUCACUGAAGCAUUAUAAAUAAAUAUAUCAGGGCAAUAGGUAUUUUUUUAAAAAAAAUGAUUAGUGGAUAUUAUUUUUGUGUAACCUAUGAUUUAUCACGAAUGACAAAGUAAAUAUGUAAGUUAAGUUAGAAAAUUGUAUUGGAUUUAAAAUAAUGUAAAAUUGCAAAUUUCAACAUGGAUUGUUUAUUCUCGCUAGAAAUCGGAAUUUAAUGAACCCAUUUUAUGAACCUAAAAAAUACUUCCACGUUCCGACCGACGUUCAUGAAAUGGAUGUCCAUUUCAUGCAAAGUUUGAUUUACCUUAUAUGUAGAUACAACAUAAUAUUUAUACAUUUUGUAAGCAUAUUAAACAAAAUAGGUUUUAGUAUGACGUUGUUUUAAACAAAAUUCCAGUUUUCUUUCAAUUAUUGACACUUUUAUACAACGAGAAAUGUCAGUGCAAUGUUUGUAGUUUAAUUUUGCAUUUUAUAAGUUUUGUCUUGAUAAUAAAAUUGUUAAAUAAUCGAAUUUCAUCGCGUGAAUACACGUAAUCAAAUGAACUUAGCAAUUACGUAUAAUAUAUAAUCAUUAAGAAAUUCAAAUUAUGAACUAAUUAUAUUCUUACUACCUACCUACAUAUAAUUUAAUGUGUGGAUAUAAUUAUCGACUCUAAAGUUUAAUACCUAUCCUAUAAAUAUGCGUUUAUGUGGCUCAGUAAUACCAAUCAAUUAAUAAGUAUCUACAAUAAUAUGUAUUAUAUGUGUGUGAUGCUCAUUAAUAUUGUACAAUUUUAUUAGUAAUUAUUAUAUAUAAUUGCAUAUAUUUAAUAAUAGGCAUCUAUUAUUAUUUACAAAUUGGCUUCGUACUUAAAUUAUAAUAUAUCUUCAAAAUAAUUAACAUUUAAUGUUUAAUUACUUCGUUUAAUAUACUAUAAAUACGUUUUACAAUAUGUUGUUUUUAUAAUUUUAUUUUCAUUUUUAUAUUUUCGAAUUUCGGGUUUAUAAUAAUAGUAUUUUAUUUGAAAAUAAAUUUGAAUUCUUAAACUCGUUUAUUUGUUUAAACGAAUAAAUGACGAUGGGAAAAGUAUUAGUCAGUAAGUUAACUAGCGAAAGACCAAAUAUUUGUAAUAAUUGUAUUUCGAAGAAUGUACACUGUUCUCUUGGUAGUUAGAUAUUUGAAACAUUUGAAGUGUAUCAAAUUUUUGAAUACCUAAGUGUUUUAUUUAUCAACAAGCAAUAAAUAGGGAUAGAUGGUACUUUUUAUUUUUAUUAUUAUUUAAAUGAAAAUUGUAAGGUCUAAAAGAUAAGACAAUAUAAGACAUUAUAAAGUAUUCAUAGUAUUCAUGAGACCUAUAAUGAUACUGUAUGCAUGUAGGGCUUAAGCAUCAAUAAAGUCGGUCGAAAUGAGAAAUCAUAUAUAUUAUAUAAAAUAUAAUAAUAAUAUUUGAGGGAAAGAUCUCACGUAAAAUAUAUAUUUUAUGAUUCUAAAAGAAUUGAGAAUAUAUUAUGAAUGAAGAACACAUAUAGAGCUGAGACUGUGAUCAAUAUUUAAUGGAUCAGAUCUAGUUGGAGUUUUCAAAAACUGAAGGAUAAGCUAGAGCGGGUAGAGAGACUCUAAGUCAACUAAUCUGUGAGAUCAAGAUGUGGAAUCAGAGAGAAAAUACCACGAUGACGACUAAGUAGUGGUGGUAAAGGUGUAGUGGUAAAGGUGUAGUGGUAAAGGUGUAGUGGUAAAGUCAGGAAAGACUACAAUCUCCUGGGAAUAGGAGACGAAAAACAUUAAGUCACAAAGAGAUAUAUAUAUAUAUAUAUAUAUAUAUAUAUAGGGGAACGUAGAUAUAGGGGUGAUGGGUUUAAAAAGCCCACCUAAUUUAAGCGAAAUAAUGGUUUCAUAAGUAUUGAUGAAAUUAUAAUGAUUUAAAGUUUUAACUAGCCUUAAGGGUUAUUACCUUUAUUACUACUUAGUUUGUAAUGUUCUUAUAUUCUAUUCGUUCGAUUUUUAAAAUUUAAUUUGUCGACAAAUUUAAAAUUUGGUAUAUAUUUUUGUGUGCCGUGAUGUUAAAUCACGGUAAAAAAUUAACAUGCACUAUGAACAAAAAAAUACAUUAUUGAAUAUCUUAUUUUAAAAAUGAAUGCAAAACAAAUUAUCUUAUCCUUUGAAUGUUUACUUUACAUUUUUUAUAGUAACUUAACACCAAACAGAAAUUUUAUAUAUCUCUAAAUAUAAGUAUUUUAAUGAAUAAAACUUUUAAAAUUAAUAUUACACAAAAUCUUUCAAAUUUCAUGUUAAAAUUAAAUAUCCCACGAAAUAAUUUUUUUUUAAAAAAAAUAAUUUGUGUAGUUAUUGAAAUCAUUAUAUACUCUAAAACGUUUCAUUGUCAUUAUCUUUUUCCUUUUUUUGGGGGGGAGGGGAACACUAUCCACUUUUGAUUUUCAAACAGAAACAUAUAUUAAAAAAUUCAGAAUAGAUGAUAUUUUAGUUUAAAUACAUUUUGGUAUUAACAUUUUUAAUUUCCAUCAAAACUUUUUAACUAAAACUUCAUUUUCCUAUGGAAUUUGUAUGAUUUAUUUAUGGAAUUCCAAUUGAAUUUAAACUCAAAUGAUCUAAAUCACUCUAGGAAACAUGUAUUUAAAUGAGUAAAAAAAAAAAAACAACCUAACCGUAUCGUUUUUAAAACGAAAUAUCAAAUAACAAUUAACCAUUGAACAUAGCAAUUUUGUUAAAUGCUCUCGUCCGUGACUAAUCUCGAGUUGACCAUUUAUAUUGAAAAACAUAAAGAAACAAAAAAUGAAUAUAAUGAUUUUUUUUUUUUUGUAAUACAUCAAAAUAAAUGAGUGGUACAAGUUACACUUUACGGUAGAUGGGAAAUUUAGUUGUGGCCAUUUGGACGAAACCGUUUUGGCAUGAGACGUAUUAAACGUAAAAAAAAACAUUUCCGUGAUUAGAGGUUCAAAAUUUUGUGUUGUAAUUCAAUUAAAAACAACCGUAAGAAAUCAAAUAUUUUUACCGGAUACUUAAAUUGUCCAUUUCUAAACGUGGUAAAAUUUUCAAAAUAUUCUGGCAAUUUUUUAACUAUUCAUAGCCAUUUUCAAUUUAUUGUUAAGUGGUAUUAGUUUUUAUUCGGUUUUAUGUGGAUAAAAUUAUUUUUCUAGGCCACAAAGAUGAUCGAAAUUUUAACACGAGGUUCAUCAUAAGUUGAUGGUGAAAAAAAAUUUUAUUGUAUUUAGUCGUUUAUUUUUUUAUGCGUAUUUCAAAAUAUGUUUAACUGAACUUUGUGCAGAAUCUUUUUACUACUAUUCAUCGUUGCGUGCAGAUGAAAUUUAAACUACCAUAUAUAUCGGGAAUUUUUAACCUGUUGUUUAGAGAGGUUAAUUUGGAGAUCUACGGAGUAGUGAGUUUUUUUUCAAACAACUCAAAAAAUAAACUUGAGAUUUUCUUCAUGGACACGACCAAUCAAACAAAAUCACAAGACCAAUUGGAUAUCAAAGAGGAUAUGCGUAUUGAUCUAGCUGUACCAUCAGGCGGAUAAUUUGCAUUUUUUUUUUAAGUAUUGCAUGAAAAACGUAGAGCUUUCAACGAACUAAAACUUGUUUUCCUGAAAAAAAAAUGUCAUAAAUAGAUCUUAAAUACCGUAUCAUAUUUAUAAUUAUCAAACAAAAAUUUCGUUGAACUAUAUAGAUUUAUUGGUUAUAAUGGUGAAAUUAACUUGUAAAAACUAUGAUUAAUAGUUAAAUAAAUUUUUUUUUUUUUUUUUUAUUAGAUAAAAUUGACAGUAUAAUUAUAAAUAUGUACAGUAAGUAAUUAAACCGAUUUUAAAAAUAAUCCUGUAUCAAUACAUUUUAGAUAAUAAAUAAUAACCAAAUAAUUUAUAUUUUUUAACAUCUAUGUCUAAUUAUAACACAUUUUAAAUAAUCUCUCCUAUUAAAAUAAAUUAUUUUUAUGUAAAACGACCAAUUUGCAUAAUUUUUUUUUCCUAUAUAUUCCUUUAUUAAAUUUUAGAUUCCGAGCGUAGCUAUUGGUUUUACAAUGUUGUUUAUUUCUUUUUUUGUUCUUUGUUCUAGUUUGUGGACACGGUUUUUUCGUAGUAAAUUUGCUCUGAUUUUUACGUGUAGCGACUUUUCUGAAAGCUCAAGUUUUCUAGACUUUACAGAGGUUAUUUUUUGAUUUUCGACGCCAUUUUUUAAAUAAAAGCACUCAAUUGGGAAAAAAACGCAGGAAAAUGUACAAUUUCACGAUUUAAUAAUUUUAUAAAAACACGGAUGACACCUUUUUGAUUUACUUUCUUACGGUAUCAUAGCCAAAACUUUUGAACUACUUUUGAGCUUUUAAGGAAUUUUAAUUUUUGGGAGUUUUUUUGAUGUAAUUAAGAUAAAUACACGUAAAGACUUGAAACCUGGUAAUCAUACUUAUAUUGGACUUACCUAGACGUGGUCAAAUUUUAAAAAUCAUUGGACUUCUUUUUUUUUUUAAUAAGCGUUUUGAAAUCAAAUUUAAACGAAAAUCGCAAACAAAUUUACGGCACUUGAAAUUAUGUAUUAUCGAACUGCACUCGAAAUCGUCUUUCGUCAAGCAAUGUUUUAUCGUUGCUUACAGAUAUAAAUGAGGUUAUUAAUAAGUUUAUUACCUUAUGUAUCCUGCCUUCCCAAUUUAUUACCUACAACAGUGGCCGCUCCUAUCCCCAGUAUCAGCUCUUUCUUCUUUAUAUUCAGUCGCAUUUUACGUUUUGACUGUGAUAUACCCGAUGAUGAAUUUUUAAUUUGAAACCGGUCAUACAAUACACUUAACUUAUUACUCCAGGCGACUCAUUUAUUCAUUGAUUUUUUUAUUUAUUUCUAUAUAUACAUUUAUUAUUUAUAUAUUUAUUUACUAUAUUUUGUAGUAAUUUGCCAAUAAUUCAUCUUUGAAACACGGAUCUCAAAUACUUACAAAUAUUACGAGAGACGAUGUCCAUAGCGCAGUAUAAUAAUUAUGUAAAUUAGUGAAAUUUGUUCGGAACAAAAUUAAUGCAAACGACAUCUAUAAUUUACACGUAAUAACUUUUUUACGAGGAUUUUGUGAUAAUAAUUUUUUAAGUUAUCGGUGCUUAAGAAACGAGAUGCAUAUUAAACGCAUUCAUAUAUUAUUUGCAUAUAAAUAUGUUUAUACAAUUUAAUGCCGUAUACGGUUAUAGUUGUAAUUUUUAACUAGAGUACAGUUGCUGUACCGUCUAUAGAUUAAUUAUACCUAGUUUAAUUGUAAUAUAUUAUUUACUGCAUUACUCGUAUUACAUAAUAAUAUAUAAUUUAUAAUAACAAUAUAUUAUGUAGUUUUUUUAAAUAAUUAAUGACGUCGCGUUAAUAUUUUAAAACCAUAUAAAUUGUUAUACUUGUUAUGUGUUAAUUAUUAAUUAUUGCAUUUUCGAUCAUGAUUCUUGGUGUAGGUUUGAAAUUAAUUUUUUUUUUUAGAAAACGAUUGUUCGUUGACCGUAAACCUUGUUUUUUUUAAAAAACUAAUUAUUGAUACGUGUAUGUACCUAUUAAUUUCCUAGUUUCCGUGUUUUUUUUGAAACAAUGCCCAUAAUUUACUUUACAUUGAUAUUUUAUGUUAUGCUCAAUUUAAUACAAUUAUACAUGUAUUUAUGACGCCGUCGUACUAAUGCGAAAUUUUUGUCUUGUCAUACGAACGAAAACGGAUUUAUCAUAAUAUUAUAAUAUAAUACCUAGUUAUUUACAAUGCUGCGUUUUUAUUAUUAUCAUUAUUAUUGUUCUUUUUUUCUCGGAAAACGCUUUUUAGGGCAGUAAAAGUGUAUAUUAUGCUGCGAAUGUUUGUUUUAAACAGUACGUUAUGCGCGGUUAAAAUAUAGUGUAAAACGUAGUUUUGCUUUGUUUUGUUUUUUUUUUUUAAAUUUUUCAACUUCAUUACAAAUACUGAGCGAACGACUGAAGAAUCGAGAAGAAAGUACCUAUCUCGCGUAUUCAAGUUUUAAUUUUUUGACUAUGUACCUAAUCUUUUUAUGAAUAUAAUUAUUCUUUAUCGUUUCUAUAGAGAUGAGCCGACGUUAGUGAUAUCCGAUGUAUUAACAGAGAUAGGACAAUUUAGUGUAUGUACUGUGAGCAACGAUCAUUACAAUCAAAAAACGAUUCCGAUUAGGUAAAAUGGUGUUUAUAAGGUUACAUUGUAAGUCGUGAAUCAUUUUCCUUUAAGAAAAAUUGACGGAAAUCUAGAAAAAUAUUUCAAAUAUUGCUACUUAUAUGAUCAUAGCUCUGCUCAUAAUCUGAAAUGCAAUAUACGGCUGAAAUAUUUUGCUCUUUUGUAGGUCAAAGAGUGUAUGCCAAUAUUUUCGAAUUAAAAGAAACAAUCAAUUGUACGGAGCUCGAAUAACUAUACUCAAAAUUAUUAUUAAUAUUCUAACGCUAUCAUUUAAAUAUCAUGAUUUUAAUCGAUUGUACUGCACAGUUGUUUAUUUGUUAUCAUUGGAAAACGAUUAAGAUAUUUAAUAUAAAACGAUGACGUUAAUCGUUAACGAAAUAUAACACUGAGUAAUAUUAUGAGUAACGACCAAUAAUAAAUGUACUAUUCAGACUGACAAUUAUUAAAGUGUACAUGAGACACGUAAUAAAUAGAGUAGAAUUUGGAUAAUUUAAAAAUAAACUUUUAAUAAAAAUGUGUGAAAUUAUUGAAAAAGACCGCCGUGACCUUGAAUCGCUUAGAACAAAAAUUUAUUAUUAUUGAGAUUUUUUUUCAUAUUACAUAUAUUAUGCUUGAAUAGAGCAUUGUUAUUAUAUUGUUAACCUUGAAUAAUUUUAAGAAUUCAGAAAUACAUAUAUCAAAUUUUAUUAGUUUUAACUUAAUAAAUGUUAUCGUCAACAGUUAAAUUAAAUGGUAUAAAAUAAAUUGCUGGUUAUGAUUUUUAAAAUGUGAUGACUUUUUAUACUUUUGUCUGUGAACAUCUUUUACACCCGAAAUCUUGCUUUAAUCGAAACAAACCUAAUGAACAUGUAGUAAAUUGUAUAUAGUUGGUGCAAGAAGGUUUUUUUUCUGAUUUUUCUUGUAGUUUUUUUUACUAUGCGGAAAAACUAGGAUUAAUGUUGGUUAAUCGGGAAAAACCGUCGGUAAACGGGGAAAUCUACGCAAUAAAUGUUUCUGUUAUUUUUGAUUUUGUUUUUUAUUGUAAUUAAGUUAAAAGUAAUCGUAGAGAUUAGAAAAUGUUCACCAUAAGUUAUACUAAAUAGAUAAAGAAAGUUAAGCGUAUUAUAAUACUUUUUUUUUAUAAGCGUGUUUAAAGUUAACAUUUUGAUGAAAGUUGUAUCACUGUAAAACACUUAAUUCAAUGUCUUUUAGAAUUGGUUUUCGUUAGCAAUUUGCUGUGGUAUAUUUUUUAUUAGAUAUAAAUAAAAUUACUAUAAUUAUCCUUAAUAUACCUUCCUUACUUUUAUUUUUAGUCAUUUUUAUAUAUUCGAGAAAGCUGAUGAAAAAUCUAAAAAUGACCUUUAUGCAUAUCAACAUUUCUGACUGGGAUAUGCAACUAUUCCGGAAUCCACAAUCGUAAUUUAAUUUAAUAUUUCAAUUGUAUUUUCCAAAUUUGUUUAUGUUAAAAAUUUAUAAAUAUUUGAACAAUGAUAAUACAAAUUAUUAACAUCAUCAUUAUUAAUAACGAUGAUAAUUAAAUUAUUAAUGUUCGAUAACUAACGUAAUAAACGAGAAAACAUCUUACAAAUUAUCAAAAAUUCAUAUCCGUCCAUUUAAUUCUUUAAUGGAUUGUGAAUUAAAGAAAUUAAUACUUCAUUAUGUAAGAACAUAUUUUUAAUAUAAAAAGUAGAUACUUUUAUUAUAUCAAACGUUUUAUAGUUUUACACUUUUAGCUCAGUUUUAGUGGAUCGCAGUGGAUUAACAUUAAUAUUUCAAUACCUCUGGAUAAUUUUUCUUUUGAUCAAUACACAUUUAGCAAUGAGAUAUUCUAACUGGCAGUGAUUCAAAUUGUUAGGUAUAUUAUUGCCAACUUGAAUGCAUUCAAUGCGGUAUAUCGUCAUAUCGAUAAUAAUAAAAUAAACGCCCAGUUCUCGGUUCCGGGCGUGGUACAUCAAACACACGUGUACUAUUAUAUUAUGCAAUUUUAAAAUCCUUGCGUAUUCUUGCUAUAAUCAAAGAAUUUUUUUCUCCCUGUUAAAUGUUGUAUUGUUGAUAAUAAAUUAAAAAUCUAAAGAAUAUAGCAAUUCAUGUGUUAAACAGUAGCACAGAACAGUUAGUUUAGUUUAAUUUUACAAAGAUGCGUUUUUCUCCAUGGAAAAACUUUCGGUCAGUAAAAAUGCUUUGAAAUUUCCAUUUAAUUUCUUAAAAUAUGCCUAUUUUUUGACUGAUGACACUUCAUUUGAAACAUUUUUCAAAAUUCUCAAUAUUUCCUCAAAAAAAUUGCUUUUUAUGUUGUUUUGUGAAUACUUUUUUGGUUAUGAAAAUUUUCCAAUUUUUUUACGAAGAAAAUACAACAAUUUUGUCUAGAAGUACCAUAUUUGAGACAUUGAUCGAUAUUUUCAGUAGUUUUUCUGAAACAUCUUUUUUUUUGUUUUUUGAUUUUUGUUGAUUUCCUGUCUUCUAGAUAACCUUAGCAAUAAUCCAAAAAGACAACUAAUACUACUCUGCCUUGAAUCGUGUUUUGAUUGCAAUGAUUUGUCAUCAUAUAAGUAUGUAAACUGAAUACCUCUGUAAUCCUUAUCCUACCUUUCCAAAUAUCCAUACACAAUUGUGAUUUGUACGUUUUUCUAUCUAUGUUGAAAAUAUCAAAUUUUAAUGAAAUUUAAAAAUAUUCAGCUUUUUUUUCGGGAAAACUUUUUGGGCCAGUAAACAUGUAAAAAAAUAUUAAUUAUUCAGUGCCUUUGAAGAUGGGUAAUUGAACGCAGAUGGUACUUGAUAGAAGCAGUUUUUUAAACUUUCAAACUUAAUGACGUGAAAGGACAAAAAUAAAAUAACGGUGAUUAUAAUACAACUAAAGCGUUUUAAUUCGAAACCGAAGUUGGAUUCAGAAUUGUUUACUUAAAAAUGAUCAUACCUACAGUUAUACUUAACAUUGUGUUCUCAAGAAGGCUGACCCAAAACAGAGUGCCGCCUUAACUGCGAUAAAGGUUUGCAUACUUUUUUGUUCGAGUUAUUAUUUAAUACACUCCGUUGGUUGUUUUAAUAGAAAGUAAAGUCGGUACAAAUCGAUUCGGUAUUAAUUUAAUUCAGUUAAGUCAAUAAUAGAAAAUGCAGAAAACAAUCGUUUUUAAAUAAUAAAUUCUGUAUAAGACGUAACAAUAUUCAAUACCUACAUCAGACGAUACCUAAAUGUAACUUGUAAGUUAUUUAUUAUCGGUAUUCAAUUUUUGUAGAUAAAAAAAAAAAAUAUCGAAUACUGUUUUACACAUAACUUAUUUAAUUUUUUUAACAAAAUUUAAUGAAUGAUUCUUAAAAAAUAUACAUACUUGAUUUGUUCGCAUUUAUCAUAUCUAAUUGCUGUGUAUCAUUAAGUUUAAUUUUAAUUAGUGGGUUUAGACUAACGGAAUUUAAAUAUUCAAAUACUUUGAGGGUAAUAUAUUUACUCAAAUAAAACAAUACCAUUUCAAAAAAAAAUAUUUUUUUUAUUUAAGUCUUUUUUUAAACAUUCGUCUGUUUGCUAUUAACUUAAAACUAUAAAUAUAAACUAUUGAUUUGAAUUUUAAAAAUAUUUUAUCUACCUCUUACGUUGUAUUGCAAAAAGCUACAAUUUUUUACGUAAUCAUAUAAUAAACUGAAAAUAUAACAAAUAAGUUUAAAUAAACUAGCUAUAAUAAAUGUAAGUGCUUUUUGAGAAAAUAGUUAUAAUCAAAAUGGCCAUCAAAAAAAUAUGCCAUCAAUUUAAUUUACAAAUAGAUAUAUUUUUUUAUUAAGAAUGGAGUGAAAAAAACGGACAUACUUCGCACGUGGGUAUAGCCACUGUGACACUGUUGUAGGUGAUAAAUAGGAAAUGUGGAUACAGACGGGAAUUUAAUGUACAUCUGUAAGUAAUGAUAAACUAUUAGUAACGAAAAAAACCAUUCUGAGCGGUGUUAAGGUGACAACUUUUUUUAAAUCUUUCUAUCUUUUUUAACCUAAAGAACCAGGUUUUCUUCAUUAUCUCAAAUAUUAAUGAAAAUUCCAAAAAAAGACCUUUAAAAAGUACCACCCAGAGAAAUUUUUUUUUAAAAAAUGGUAUUAUACUUGAUAAUCGGAGUAAGCUUUAUAAUAGAAAGUGUUCACAUAAAAGAAAAUAAAUCAUUCUAAAACCAAUACAUUCCUCUGCUCAGAAUCUAAAAAUCAAAGUGGCUAUCACAAAAUAUGCUAUCAAUGUAAUCUACACCUUUAUCAACAGUGUGAAAAAAAUUAAUCCAUAUAUCAUACAAAAUAACUAAAACUAAUUAUAAAAAUUGUAUGUGUUAGGUCUGCUCAUAUAAUUCAAUUAUUUUCAGUUUCUCUUCAUAGUUAUUUGUAAUUUUAUGAAUAACUGAUUUAAAUUUAAAAAUAUAUUAAAUUGAUAGGCAUAUAAAUGAAAUGCAUAGCAUGAAAUCUAUGCAAAUUUGGUAUUUUAAUAAAACAACCAAAUUAAGGUAUUAAUCUAUAAUGAUCAUAAUACUAUUAAUACAUUGACAUAUUUUAAAUAUUUAUUGAUUUGUUUGAUAAGCACUUUAUGAAUCUUGUACAGAAUAAUAGUGAGUCUAUUUUUUUUUAAGAAUUCGUUUUCUUACCUAUAUGAUUGAAUAUUAUCAUCUUUGUUUGGAAAUUUUAAGUUCUACAUUUACGUCAUCUUUAGAAUAUGAAAAUAAUAAAACAUGUUUAAUUAAAAAUGUCGUGUUGGAACGUUGACAAAGCUAUAAUUAAGAUUUUAAUUUAAAUUAAAUGUUUAAUAAUUAAAUUUAAAUUUUCCGAGUAUCAAUGGACGUUGUUUUAUUUAGCUAUAUUACGUACUUUAAACUUUAAAGUACUAUAAUACAAAUUUUACCGAUUUAUUAAUUUGUUUGGUAAAUUAUAACUUCUAUAAAUAUUUUUCUAUGACGAGUAGUUACGACUAAAAUUUAUAAAAAAAAUAAUUGCAACUAAUGUUAUAUAAAUACUAUGGGUACAAAAGAAAGAUUUUUAAUAUUACUUUGAAGUUUAUUUGUAAAAAUUCUAGGUACAUUUUACUUAUAAUUCGAAUAAUAUUUGUUAUAUAAUUGUAUAGUGUGUUCAUUAGUUAUUUUUUUUUCAACUAUUGGUAUUUAUGUAAUAUUUUACUUUGACAUUUGUUUAAAAUAGUCUGAACUUUAUUAUUAUUCAGUGCACGAUCAACAACCGUUCGUAUUUUCUAUAAUUUUAAUUUAACACUAAUACGAAAAAUACUAGGUAUACAUUCCUAUGUUAUACUAGAUUUAAUAUUAUACGUUUAAAUCACGAUAAUUGAAGUUUACUGUUGUUCUUACCUUGCAACUUAAAUAGUUCAUAAUCCAAAAAUUAUGGGUAUCUAAGCUAUAGUUGGAUAACUUUCAAAAUUUGUUGGACUUUGGUUAAUCUAUUGGUAAGUAAAUUUAAACGUACGCUACCUAUCUUACCGGUAGCAGUGAGAACGUUUGUAUAGUAAAUAAUAAUACACAAAAUAUUAUUGAACUAGUGUUUUAUUAAGUAGCUUUAUAUACAUACAGAUUUUCUAACAUGCAAAAUUAGCGUUGAAAAAUAUCUACUUAAGUUAUACAAUUUUUAAUUUUUAGCAGUACUUGAAAGUAGGAACGAAAUGAGAUAAUGGUCUAAAGAAAGACCGCAUUUGGCAUCAAUGUGGAAAUCACUGCUUUGAUUUUGUUGCUGGUAUCCUAUUAUUUUCUUAUUUCACAUCUACAACAUAAGGCCUACGCAUUGUGCGAAGUAUUAAAUUAUUUCAACGUUUAUAGGUAUCAUAUCUUUUAAAAUGAGUUUUAUUGUUCCGAAAAGCAAUCAGGUACAGCCAGUAUGCUUGUAAAAUUAUUUUAUUUUUAACAAUAAAAUAAUUUUAGGUAUAAAAUAUUUGUGUGUGUACUGCAUUUUAUUGGCGGGAAUUAUUACAUACUACUGAUUAUCAUAUAUUGUGUACGAAUUUAAAACCUUCAAUAUUAUGAAAACAUAAUAAACUAGCAGGUAGUUCAUUUUCUUUAAAAUAUUUUUUUGGCCAGGUAAAAUACUUAAUCUUACACAGUUACACUAUAUAUUGUUAAUUUCGAUUACGAAUUUUUUUUAUUACAUAACGAAACUUGUUUCGAAUAAAUAGUACAUAACGAAUACUAAUGUAUUUAAUAGUUCGUCGAAAUCACGAGUACAAUUUUAUCUAAGAGCCCUAAAUUAAUCAAAAAGUUUUCAAAUAAUUACAAUGAUUAUAUUUCUACCAUUAUUAAUUAGUCGCUAAAACCCAUUUUAUGUUUUUGUAAAUCAUAAAGUAUAUUCAUGAAGUUUGAACAUUCUCAUAUGUAGGUAUCUAACAAUAAUAUGUAUGUAAGUGUUCAGCUUUUUAAUAAAAAUAGGUUAGCCAUAUUAUGGGGGCAUUGAGUUAUUAAAAGAAACGUUUUAAAUUAAAGCUAGAUAGCAUAUCGAUUUAGAUAUAAAUAAUUAUAAUACUCGUAUUUAUAAAAAGAGUAUACCUAUACAAACUCGAAGUCAUUGGAUUUUCAUAUAUUCUUUUUUUUAUAUAAAUAGAAUAAGAAAAAUGAUAAUAAACGAAAUGUUUGCUAUCGGUGAUGUUAUUACAUAUCAUUAUUAUAUUUACCUUCAUUUAUUUAUGAAAAAAAAACUAAAAAAGCUCUAAAUUUACCUCGUAUAUAAUUCGUAUAUAAUUUUUAAAUUAUAUGUAAUUGUACACAAGUAAUUAACUGUAAAGACAUUGACAUUUUAUUAUUUAAAAUUUUUAAAAUUUUUAAGUGGCGUGGCGAAGUGAAAUAUUUUAUCGGGCAAUUCAUUUUUUUUUAAUGACCUACCACCACCUCUCGACUCUUAGGCAUUGAUCAUUAUCAUUACCCAUGAAUAAAUGUACAGUAUUCUGGGCUGAUGGCUUUGCCUAGAAUACUUAUUAUUAAUUUUAUUAUUCUUUUUUAAUAUCAUAUGACAUAUUCUGAUGUAGUUAAUCUUGUACUACAAUAUCUCCACAGACUCCAGUACUCAACCACCAGGCACCCACCCACCCACCACUUAAAAUUAUCGGGUGAUUGCCCCUCAAAAUCACGGCCAACACGCCACUGCAGAGAUUCUUACAAAAGCACGGGAACCUAGAACAGUGUUUUAUGAUUAAAAAAUGAAUAAAAAAAAAAACAAUUAGUUCAUCUUUUUAUUUACUUCGGUUACCUUUAUCAGAUUCAACAGAUCGAUUGCCGCCUGAAGAAGAAAGAUAAUCAAAUUUAUAAUUAACUUACACGUGUGAAUCAAUUUUGUAUAAUUAGGCUGACCCAUAUUUUUUGGAUUACAACAACGUUUUUGAUUUAUGUUUUAUUUUUGAUAAAUUCAAAAAUGUAAAUGAAAUCAAAUAAGUAUAUAACUUAUUAUUUUUCAGACCAUGCACAACUUUAAUGUACUAGUGUUAUUUAAAAUGUUAAUUUAUUUGAAACCGUCGUUUUAUCAAUAUUGAAUGUAUUAAUAUUAUAGUUAGGUAAUGGGAUUCGAAGUUUUGAAGAGCGUUGUGUAGCACUAUGGAUAAAUAUUUUCUCCUCUUUUCAAAAUUAGUUAUCCUCUUGGGACAUUCUGUAUAGUGUAUAUAAACGAAAUGCACAUCAUCGUAAAAUUAAUAAUUUUCUCGUUUCACUCAAAAUCAUAAAUACCUAAUUAGUGUUGUAUUUAUUACAUCCAUAAUUAUUAGGUAUAUUAUUUUAAGUUUUAGCAUAUUGUGUUAUUCAGUAAUUUACAUUAAUAUAAAUUAAAUCCAAUCUAGACUCAAUAUUAAAAUUAUUUGUUUGGCCAAUUAUAAAAAUAAAAUAUCUGUAGAAAUUAACGAUUAUUAAUACAAGCAACUGGUUUUAGAUAAAAUGGUACUAAUAGUUAUUUAUUUUAAAAUAUAAUUCAGUGAUUUAGAAAACAUUAUACUAUUAUAUUUAUCUAAUCCUAAAAUUACAUAAUAAUAAAAAAAAAAAUUCAACUUAUAAAUAUUUUUUAUUUUUCAAUCGUUGUUUGUUUACUUUUUGAGCAUACUUCCAUUGUAUUUUUUUUAACUAAAAAAAAAUUGCUUUUAAAAUUUCAUUUAAAAAUAAACAACGGAUUCACAUAAUUGUAGUUCAAAUAGUUUAGUUCAAGGUCGUUAUUCGUGUGCAAAUUAAACUAUUAACAGACGCAUCGUAUAAUAGAAUUUUAAAUUUUUUUAAAUUUGACAACGUGUUAUUAUUAUUUCAAAAGUACAAGAAUUAAGACGGUAUCAAAUUGAUAAAUAAUAAUAUAUUCGUACAAUAUUAUGACGUAUGCUUUAUUAAAUUAGGCAAUAAAUAUAUUAAAUAUACAAAAUAUUGAAUUGGAUACCUAUAAUAAAUUAAAGUACUAUUGUAUUUGUUUCAUUGUUUGUGUUGUUCAAUUUAUUUUAAAAUGGGUUCAAAUUUGUGUUACGAAUUUAAAAUUUAAUAUAAAUAACAACGAAGAUUAUAAAUACGAAUUCGUUUUAAAAGUUUGGCAAAGUUUACAAACGAAAUAUUUUGUAUGUUUUCGUGUAAGUAAGCUGUCGCAAUGCAAUAGCCAAUCGUAUUUCGGUGACCACCAUUUAGGUUUUUUUUUUUUUUGUAUGUAAGCAAUCAACCAGUCACAUAUUUAACGUUGUCAACGACUUUCUUCGCGUCCCACGCCACCUUGAAUUAGUUUGUCAAUUUGUUUCUUUUUUUUUUUUCAUAAAAACAUCUGUGUAAAUUCGACAUAUUGGUUCGACCGUAUUUCUAUUUACUUAACAGAAAAUAUAUUAAAAAAUAAAACUUACGUUGUGUACGUUUUCGUCUAUUACACAAAAAAUCACCAGGACAGCGUCCGUAUGCAUUUCUUUUGCAUUUACAAGUGUAUCAUUAUUGUACGAAUAUAUUUUAUGCUAACCUGAAUGACCUUUGUCGUUGAGUGCUCUAAACUGCAAUAACGUAUUUUUUUCCGCUCUGUACAGUGAACACAGGAAUCCGAGACGCAGUGUUUGUCAAUGUUCCCUUCCACUCCCGUCGUUUCACUGUCGAAAAAAAAAACAACCAGAAAUAAUAACCAUCUGUGCACUACGUUUCUCAAUAGCACGUCCUUUUUAUUUAAAUGUGUUCGUCGUCAGCUUGCCCGAACAGUUCCUUUUAUAAUCUAAACUCAUUGUAAACGAGUUUUUUCACUGCCAAACGUUUUGCCCUAACCCGAUUUCGUUCCGAUAGGAUAUAAGAAUAUUAUUAUAAUAUUCAAAUAAAUUCUGAUUGACCGAAAUUUGAAAACGAAGAAAACGGUGUUCAUCCGAUUUAUAUAUUUUUAUGAUGAGAUAGAUUAUUAUAUUGUAGAAGCAUAGUACCGCAAAUACAAUCAAAUGUAUUGGCUAGCAUUUAAAUAAAUAAUUCAAAAAAGUGUAAAAUAUUAAAAAUAUUAUACUAUAAAAUAAAUUAACGAUAAAAACACAAACGAGAUAAGAUAUACCGUUAGGUUUAAAACAUGUAGUUUUCGAAUCUCGCAUGGGUUUGUAUUUAAUUUGUUUGAAUACCGUAUAUCGUUUUCUAAUUACGACAAAAUAACAAAAUAUCUUGUGACGAUAAAAUCAUUUAAAAUCCGUUCAAUACGAUGGAAAUAUUCUGUGUGCGCGUUCAAAAUUAUUUUUCGUAAUUUCAAAUUAAACGCCUACAUUUUUUUUUUUUUUCGUGGUUAAUGGAUUUUUUUUACUACUUAACGAAAACGCGUUAAACGGUCAGCCGGAUAACAUAAGAGAGUAUGAAUUAUUACCAUGCACGUUGGUUUGUCGGCGAUUUGAAAUACACGUUCGUGUGUUUUAGCGAAUUCGAAAUAUAAUUCGAAAUUUAAUGAUUCGUGGUGAAGGUCUACACGCGUGAAGUUCACGGACGUCGCCCAUUAGCUUAACAUAAUACACAGCAUAAUGAUAAUACUAUAUAAUAUCAUAUUUUUAAUACGGUUGCAUCGAACGCGUGACGUUUGAACAUCAGUCGAUACAAUGUUAUUAAACGUGAACUAAUAAUAUUAAUUUUGUUUACGAAAAUAAUACUGUUGUUUUUUGUUUCGCGAAAAAUGCAAUAGACACCUAUCACAGUAUAACCGCAAUAAUGUAUGAUUACCGUAUUACCGUUUUUUAGUAAAUUAGCGUCUGCUAAAUAUUUAUUCUAUAAUGAUAGUGCAAUCGCCGGCUAUACACGAGCGGGUUUUUCGGUGGAUUUGAUCCUCGAAGAAUCAAGCAUUCAAAUCCGCUGAUAAAUCCGUUUAUGGGAUGAGAUAUAUUGGUACAAUAAGUCUUACGGAUCAAAUCCAUUGUCGGCCACUAAUUGACAAUAAAGACCGGAUCUUACUGAUUUUCCAAAAAAAUCACUUAUUUUUAUCAGCUAUUAAGUUUGAAGUUUGAUUUUCGUAAAAAUUUGAACUUGAACCUAUUAUUGGGGGGGGGGGGAUUACGUUACGAUCUAUUUAUUUUAUUUACUGAAUGAUACAAUAGUAAAAUUUAAUAUGUUGAACUAUGUGUUAAAUUUUUGAGCAGUUUUGAUAGGACUAAACAAUUUUAUUCACAUAGAUCGAAAAAUAGUACCUAUAUGCCGUUAAAUGUAUUGAUUUUUACAAUUUUUGUUGAAAUUCUAGAAAAAGCUUUGUAUUCGGUGAAUAUAAAUUAUAUUUGUCAAGAAAUUUUGAUACGCAUAACACUAAUAUCAGAUUUACCGUUUAUGAGUUAUAACAAUUUAAAGCUUAGAUCGGAGGAAUAGAGCAGGGUCAUAGAUAGACAAUCUAUUACCAUUAGCUUGAAUAAUUCCAUAAAUAUUAGAAAAAACAAAAAUUAAAUUCACUUAAAAUCCUCUGAGAUAAUUGCUGGUUUAUGAUGAAAAUAUCACCUUGUAUAUAUAUCAUUUACAAAGCAUUACUAUUAACUGAACUCCGCUCAGAAUCUUUUUUUCGUUAGCAAUGGGUUAUCGUUGCUUACAGAUAUACAUUAAAUUACCUUUAACAGUGGCUACACCCGUUCCCAUUACCUUAGAAUAUCUUUUGCUUUUUAAUCUUACAAUUUUAGUCCAUAACAAAUUAUUUAAUUUCAUAACGCGAUUAUUGAAUUCGUAUUAUUUUGAUUAAUAUUGAAUAUAAUAAAUGAAAAAUUUAUGGAAUAACUAUUGUGACAAUUAUAGCGAUUAGUAUACAAAUAAUCAUCAUCGAUGUAGUACAUUACAGUUAAAUGGAAAAAAUAUGUUAAAUAUUCGCAUAAUAUUAAACGAUUGAAAUGUAAAUCUUUAAUUUUUUUCAUUUCUUAAGUAUAUAACUACUAUCAUGUAACCAUUAUGCAAAUGGCAAUGGCAUUAUUAUAACUGUUAUAAGCGAUAUGCCGAGAUGUUAUUUUUUUUAGAUUCUAGAACUAGAUGAUCAACGAGGCGUUAAUUUUUGUUUUUACCAACUAGCGUUUACAAAUUUACUUUUAUUUUGUGUUUUGAUUUUGUGUUUAAAUGAUGUCUUUGUUCGUCGUUUGGACUCAUAUUUUGUGAAAUGCUAUAACGAAUGUAUUCGUUCGGUUUAUUUAUUACAAUGCGCGCUUAAGCUAAUUACAAAACAAACCAUAAAUCAUAUUCGUAUUAUAAUAAUUUUUAAUAAAACGUUAAUAUUCUAAAGAAAUACAAAAUUAAAAUAUCAUUUUCUCGGUUAAUAAGUUUAUAGGUAAUAUAGGAACUAAAAUAACUAUUUUAUUUCUGACUAAACGGUAUUGUAAAUAAUUUGGGAUUCGAAAUAUAGUGAACAAAUUUUCUAUCAGAAUUCAUACUCUGAUUAAUCAUUAAUUUCAGUAGUUAUAUGUUUUUGAUAGACGAAUUGUGUCAAAUUGGUUGUCAUUUUUGAUUUAAUUUUUCAUAAUAAUCGGGAAAAACUGAAAAAAAUAAUGUAGAAAACGGUAAAAUUUAAGGUAAUAACGGUUUUGUUAUUUUCGAUUUUGUAUAAUUUUUGUUGUUGUCAUUCGGUUAAAAAAAAAAAAUUAAAAUAUGGAAUUUACACAGAAUAGUUAUAUAAUAAGCCUUAUUUUGAUGUGGUAAAAUAUUAAAACAUUUUCUGGAAAUUAUGCAUGAAGUUUAUGAUCAGUUGUGAUAAAGUGAUAAAAAAAUGUUUAUCGUAAUGUAAGAUUGUAUAACGUAUAUUUAAUGUAUACAUUUAUAUUCAAAUUUUGACAAAAAUCGUAACAUUUAAAAACACGUAUAACCGAAUAUUGACCAAUAUUAACCUAAUCAUAUUUUUUUUAAAACGGGAUAUGGAUUGUUAACGUAGUUAGAUUCUCAAGUUACUAAUGAAAGUCAGUGUUACCAACUAAAUUACAGCGAACCAAUUGAUUGUUAAACGUUGAAUCUUUCUUAAAAAUAUAUAUAAAUUAUUAUUAUUAUAAUAUUAUAAAAUUACAUAUUUUUUUAAAAAUAUAAACCGAAUAAUGAUCGUUCAUAAUAUUAUUCUAGUUCAAAGUCAUCGAAUUGUAAACGAACAUAAUAAUCAUCGAUCUAAAAUUUAUGCAUAAGUAAAAUGAUGUGUAAUUCAUUCAAUUUACGUUUUAUAUUUUAUUAUUAUUAUUGUUGCAGGUUUUAUUGGGAUUUAUGUAUGCUUCUCUUGUUGGUGGCCAAUUUGAUUAUACUUCCAGUUGGAAUUUCAUUUUUUAACGACGAUUUUGAUACAAGGUGGAUAAUAUUCAAUUGUUUGUCGGAUACUAUAUUUCUCGUGGAUAUUAUCGUGAACUUUAGAACAGGUAAACUCUCAAACAAAAUCGUGUUAGUCUAUGACAAUCAAGAAAAACAUUUUUCUUCUUUUAAAUAUGGGAUACACUUAUCCUAUAUAUAUAUAUAUUACUUUCUAAGGUACUGCUGUUUUAAAUUUUGAAAAUAUGGUUUGUAAAAAACCUUAUUUUCUUUUCUUUCGAACAGACGUAUAAAUAACAGACGAAUUAAAAUACCCAUCAGUGGACACUGACCAAAAGGACACUGCUAUAAAAGAAAAAAAAUGUGAUUGUAACUCGUGAAAUAUUUCUUAUGAAAUAUUUUAUACGGAACGGUUAAUAUUAUACAAUUCACUAAUAUCUAACUAACUGAACUAACUGUCAAUUAUUAUAAAAAAUACUUCCUGUCGCAUUUUAAACUUUUUAUUAAGAUAUAAUACAGACUUUCUUAUUGUUUUGUAUUUAAAAACCAAUGAUAAAUAAUUUCGUUCGUUUAACUUUAUUUACAUUCUAUGAUAACUUAUGAAUAAAUAAAAAAAUCGCGAGUAAAUGGAGUUUUUGAUAUUGAUUGACGUUCAGAAUAAGGUAUGAAUAACCUGGAAAUGAAAUAGUCUUUACUUUAGUUCAACACGAUUUCAAAAAAUAAAUAAUAUUAAUAUAACUUAUCGAUUUUAAAUUAAUUAAAUUACCGUAAAUAAAUCUGCACCUUGCGUUAAAAUUUUAAGAUUAGUAAUUAAAAUUACAAUAAUUAUAUUGUAUAAAUAAACUUUAAUGUUAAUAAUAACAGGUAAUGCCGUUUAUGUAAUGUGUUCAAUACUAGUUUAUAAUAUCCACGUACUUGCCAAAAGUAGCCAAAAUUUUUGUCGAAUCAAAUUAAUUUUAUUCGAGAAUUUUAGAUGAUAUUUAUUUCUACAUUUUUCCUUGUUUUUUAGAAAAUUCUGAAAAGUCCAAUAUAAAAUUUAAUUAUAAUACCAUAAAUAUUGAAAAUUUAAUUUCGAAAGUGAGUUAGUCGUUUGAACAUAUUAUUUUUUUCGAUCAUCAAUCAAAAACAUUGAACAACUUUUGAUUUAUCGUUAUUUCACUAAAUAAAUUUGUUUCGGCUUCGUAUUAUAAGUACCUAUUACAUACAUUUUCAAGGUUCGUGAUUAUUUAUUCGACUACUUAUAUAGAUGUAAAAUAAUAAUUUUAUUGAGUUAUAAACUUAGGGUGCGGCGCACUUUAAUGUUUAUGAAAAUGUAGAACACUAAAAUGUGUUAUUAUUUUGAGAGUUUUGUAUGCAGACUGAUACUGAGCCUAACCAUUGUUUAAGAAUAAUAUGCUUAAUUUGCUAAUAUAUAUGUUUAUUUUGUUUGGCUUGAUUCGAGCAGGUAUUAGAGUUUUACAUCUUUCAUAUUUGAACGUAUUUAUAGUAUUUACUUUUUUAUUUUUCAUUGAAAUAAAAUGUUUAUAGGAAAUAAUUAUUUAGAAUUUUAUUAUAAUGAUUCGAUUACCAAAUUGGACAUCGAAAACAUCAUUCUAAAAUAUUAUUAAGUACGAUAUGAUCUUGUAUUAAAAUAUACAUUGUACCUAUUAAUAAUUUAUUUAUAAUAUAUUUUAAAUUUUCGAAGACCAAUAAUAAUUUGUAAAUUAACAUAAUAUAACAUCAAUACGAACAUUUCAGACAGUUUAUUGGUCAUAAUGUAUGUGAUAGAACAACUCAAAUUAAGAAAGUAGGUAUUUUUAAUUAUUUAUAAGUUUUUGUUUUUAUACAAAAGAUAAAAAAAAAAAAAAAUGAGUAGGCACUUAUUUAUUACUCGACUGCCGAAGAAAAAAAAUAAAAGAUGACGAAAUAAGCAGUCGUGGACUUUGAUGUCUAUGGCUGUAAGUUUUAAUUCAAGAACAGAUGUUACUGAUCAGACUACGACUGCUUUUUCCGUCAUGUUUCAUAGUUUCUAUCUUAUUUAAUACUUCCAUUUCAAAUUAUUUUUACCUAUUUAUUUUUUUUUCGAAGGGGUUUUUUAUGUAUUUCUCCACAGCAUUCGAUAUAAAUGAUAACUGGUUAAAAAAUUGUUUUAAUACUCAAUUCAAUUUUUUUAUUUAUAGCCACAAAAUUAAACUAUCAUCUGUCUAGUUAGUUUCACGUCGUUAAGUGGUUUUUGAAUAUUAGAUGUCUGAAAUAUGUCGUUAAUAAUAAAAAAAUUGAAGUGUCAUCACCCAAUAUUAGUGCGAUCUAUAUGAGAGAAGUAGUCUAGAGAGGGUAGGUAUGCAAUUCACAAAUGAAACGCAUUAUGCGACAAAGUUAUUGUAUUGAAUACCAUCUUUUUUCUAUAGAUUCAAUAUAAGUGAAAUUAUGAAUAUAUUUUAUGAUACAAAUAUUAUGUUGUAAAAUUAAUUAUUUAUCGGCGGAAAGUUGACAGUUAUUUUAUGUGUUAGGUAUAGUUAUGCGAUUUGUGUUAUUCCGUUAAGGUAUACACAAAUACCUUUUUAUAAAUACAAAUUUAAUUUUACAUAAAUAAAAUAUUAUUGAACAUUUAUAAAUGUCAUUGUUAUAAACAUUAUUGAGUAUCUAAUAUCAAAGCGAAUCAACAAAUUUUAAGAAUGAUAAUAAGAAAAAAAACAAAUUAUUCAGAGAUAAUGUAAUAGAUAACUGAUAAAAAUAUUCUUUUCUUAUGUUUUUAAUAAAAUAAAAUAUAAUUUAACUCCUUUUACUAUCAAAUAAUAUUUUACUAUUUAGGUAUAGGUAUAAUUGUAAAAUAUAAUACGAUCAAUAUUAUUAUUUGCAUUAUCGAAAUCAAAAUGUCCAGUAAAAAAUAUUUAUCCGAUGAAGUACCAUGUGAUUUUAUUUGUAUAUAAUAUAUUAUAUAUUUUUUGUUAACAAACAUUCGUAUUGCAUUCGUAUUAUAUAGGUGUUUUACAGCCAGACAAUUCUGAACAAGUGAUCUUGGAACCAAAACUGAUUGCUAGGAAUUACUUGAGAUCCUGGUUCUUCUUGGAUUUAAUCAGUUCCCUUCCCUUGGAUUACCUAUUUCUUAUGAUCAAUCAGGUAUGUACCCGCUAUGUUACUUAUAUUUCAUAGCUAUACGAAUAAUUAUUAUCACGAUCGAGUUAAUUGAUUUUUACGUUUUACAUUAUACAGGACGUGGGCGAUGGCAUCCAAGGUAUUCAGAUUUUACACGCAGGCCGAGCGCUGCGUAUCCUUAGACUCGCCAAGCUGCUCAGUUUGGUCCGAUUACUCAGAUUGUCCAGACUGGUGCGCUAUGUGAAUCAAUGGGAAGAAGUUUACGUGAGUGACGGUUUAUGCGAAAUAAUUUUUUAUUCAUUUUUUUCAUCAAAAGGCAAAAAAUUGAAUGUUCAUUUACGGAAUAUAUUAUUUAUGUGUACGCAAGAUGACCUUGCUCGAUUAAUAUUCAUAAUAUGAAUUUAUAUAUACAUAAUAUUUGAAUAAUAAUUAAAGGGUGAGGAGGGGGGGAAUCAAAGAACGCCCGUUGUUUGAUGCCUAGAUGGUCGCAAUUAAGUCAUGUUGUUUAUUAUUAUGUCACGUCGGUCAUUUUUAUAGGACGGUGUUAUUAUCGAGUUCUUUAUGAAACUCGAGAGAAAAAUAUAAUAAUAAAAAUUAAUUGUUGUGCUCUGUCAAUUGGUAUGCAUGGGAUGGCAUGGAUCUAUCGCGAUAGAACUUUUUUUUUUUAAUAAUAAUUUAUGUUGAAAACGGUUUGUCUGUUAUUUGUGUACUUUUUUAAUUAUGUUAUUAUAAUUUCUGCAUACUAAUGAUAUCGCGAAUACAAAUAAUAAUAAUGUACUCGUAUAAUAGUGCAUGAUUUUCACAUUUUUCAUGAUUUAAACGUUGUAUUGAUGAAAUAAUAAUUGUAUUGUGAUAAUAUCCGUGAAAAAAAAAAAUGAUCAGAAAUUGAAAUUGAAAUAAUUAUUGAUUAUUCGUAAAUUGUCUACUUAUACAUAAUAAUGUAGACGACGACGAGCAGGCGAGAAUGAUGGCCUAUAUAAGAGAAAUAAAUUGAUCGGAGAACUUUCUAUCGCGCGAUAUAUUUUUAUAAAUAUUAUACGAUUUCCCUGAGUACUUCAAAAAUUAAAUAUUCUAACUAUAUUAUUCUAAUAGCAGUUGACGGACUAUUGAUUUUUCAAACUCGCCCGUUGUUCUCCGUUUGUUUGUCUUGUACAAUUUUUUGCUUAAACAUUUAUUUUUUUAAUUUUUAUGGUGUACCCUCGAAAUAUUCCGUACAUGAAAAUGUUUCGCUGUCAAAACAUUCCCCUUCAAAAUAGCCUCGUUAGAAAUAUCAUUUAUUUAAAAUAUCCUAUGGACAAAAUAUCAUAGUUAGAAAUAUUCCGUAAUAUUCCUAAUACAAAGUCAGUCGAGCUUAUAAACGUAAAUUUAAAAUCUUGUGUCUUAUUUUUUAUUUCCCUCCAAAUGCAUUUAGGAGUUGAUGUGUCAUAAAUUAAAUAGAGAUAUUUUAAAUAAGGGAUGUUUCUAAAAAGGACAUUUUGAAAGGAACAAUUGUAAUAUUGUUCAUUUUUACAUUUUACUUAUAGUUACGAUAUGAAUUUCGAGGAGAAUUUUUAAACCGCAUAUAAAAAAAAAUUGAAAAUACAUAAUAAUAAUACUUCUUAGUAAUGCAAUCUUUUUUGUGUACCUACAGUAGACAAUUUUUUCUUAAUAUCCAACGAGUCGAGGAAAAAAAACCGUAAUCGUUAAUAGGUAGGUUUUUUUUAGAUUAAUAUAUUCAUACCUUUUUGUAUAUUAUAAUAUUUUUUUACCACACUUUUUAAAUAUAUUUCUAUUAUUUUUUUUAAUAAACGUGGUCAUGAUUACAAUCAGAUAACAAUGAUUUAUAACUGUAGUUUACGUUUAAAAAAUAUGACAUUAUUAUUAUUAUAUUUUAAUAUCUUCUGAGAACAAUUUAAUACAACUCUACCAUAACCGUAUUUCUUCAUAUUAUUAUGAUUUCUAUAGCUGAUCAUAACUAAAUAAGGAAAAUAUUUUAUUUUAUUUUAGGUUAGAUAUAAUCAUAUAGUUAUAAAAUGAUAAUUAUAACAGCCAACCGGAAAAUAAUAAACAUACGAUAUUGUAAACAUAUAUCAAGUCGUUAGAAUAAUAUCCAAGCGUUUUCAGGACCGUAAUUGUAUAGGUUUUUUUAAGGUACUAUUAAUGAAAAAAAUAAAUAUAAACGAAUCAAGUAUUGAAUAUUAUAUAUUUUUAAAUAUUAAUAAAACGAUUCGGUACUAACAUUAAACGUCGUAAUUUUUGUAACUCGAGGUUUUGGUUUUUGUUUGCAAGUACUUAUUAAGCACGGUGCAUAUUAUAUUUAUUAAAUACCGUUCAAUAUAAAAUGAUAACGUUUCGCAAUAAAAAAGUAAAAGUUGUUUUAAAACUGAAAAUUUAAAAUAAUUUACUGUAUAUUAUAAGCAGCAUAUAGAUAUAAAUAACAAAGUAUUAUAAUUCAUUUAAUAUUCAUUUAAUAACGCGGAUGGUAUCGAUCCGUUUGAUCGUAUGAUUAAAUCUUAGUUUUGCCAGACUAAUUAUUGAACUAGAUAACCAUCAUUAAUAGAAAUAUAUUAUGUGAAACCGGGCAAUUUUAAUACCAAGAGGGCAAAUUGUAUUGAUAAACCACUGAAAUAUUUGUUCAUCCCAUGAAUUGUUUUAAAUUCUGAGCCGAGCAAAGAAGCUUAUAGUUUUACAAAGAUUUUUUUUUUUUUAUCUGUGCGUAACUUUUCUACCAGAAGACUUGCUCAGAUUUCUACGUGUAGCGCCUUUUCUGAAAAAAAAUUGGCGUGGAAAGGUACUUUAAGGAACUCAUUUUUUGAUUUUCUCAGGAGUUUUCUCAUUAAAUUUGAAAAACCGAAAAAAAAAAAAUGGGAAAGUAUAAGAAAUAUGGGUAUUAGUUCAAAUAUAUUACGGCCUUUUUUUUUUUCUGGCCACACAUUUUUUGCCAGUAUUUUUGCUUCAACUUUAAAUAAUAGGAAUGUUUCUAAAAAUAAAUUUCACUAGGGAGGUACUUUAAAGAGUUCAUUUUUUGAUUUUCCCUAGAGUUUUUCCAGAAAACGUAGGGAAACUGGGAAAAUUGGUACAACAUUAAACAAAUUUUAUUAAAGAAAAUACAUAAAGCCUGUUUAAUUAUUUUACUACAAAAUAUCAUGUAUAUAUUGUUAACAAAACAUCAUUAUCAACUGAACUCCGCUCAGAAUUGUUUUUUCUUAAGCAAUGAUUGAUCGUUGCUUACAUAUAAAUAUUAAAUUCCUGUCUACAUCCUACCUUCCCAACUUUUCAUCUACACAAGUGGCUGCAUCCGUCCUCAUUAUCUUAUCUUUUUUUAUUAUUUUUUUAAUAUUUUAUUAUUAUUAUAAAUUGUUAACACAUGUGAUUACAUGUCACGUUUUUAAAAUAAUUGCUUCUAUCAAGUCUACCUUGGUUUCACUCCUUAUCAAAACACUUAUUAUUUUGGAAAGUAUACAUUUUUUUUCGGAAUUUUAAUUUUAGACAAUUAAAGAAACAAUUAGCUCUAAAAUUUUAUAUUUCCGUAAUUUUUAUUACCUUUAACUGCUACCCAGUUUUGAUUUUAAAUAGCUACCUAUAAUAUUUAAAAUACCAAAAAUAGAUGAAGUUUUAGUUUAAAAACUUUUUUGGUGUUGAAACAUUUAAUUUCCGUUAACUUGUUGACGCGAUAUUCUAUUUUUAAGUUUUAAUAGAGAGAGAGUAUUGGGGCACUAUUCAAAGGUUGCAUAUUUCGCCACUGUACACUCAUAUUCCUCUAACUGACCUUUCUCUCCUUUUACCAAAACUAAAAUGUUUGGACUUUUUUUUUUUAAGAUAUAUCAUUAGCCAAUAAGAUUAGUCAACAGUUAUAGUUAAUCAUUAGCAAUGGUUAAUCGUUGCGUGCAGAUAUACAUUAAAUUUCCCCUAUACUACUUUUUCAAAUUCUUACCUACAAUAGUGAUUGCACCCGUCUCCAUUAUCCUAGGACAGCUUUUUUAAAAACAUUUUUGAAAUAAUUGGUCGAAAACCGAGUAUUUUGCCAUAAGUGUUCUCCAAAGGAAAUUAAUACUUAAUGAAGUAUUUUUUAUAAAAUUUGUUUGUGUAUAUAUUUCACUCAGACUUAUUUUUUUUUUUUUAUAUAUAGUGAUAUUAAUAUUGUACUUGCAGUGGAGUUUGGUUAAUAUAUUUUUGUCUUGUAUUUAAAAUUUAAAAUUAAUAUUCUAUUAUAAUAAUUAAAAAAAAAAAACCAAUAAUAUUCAUUUUUCAAUGUGUUUUUUGCUGAAAUGUUUUUAUGCUCCAAAAACUUCUAAAUCAUACACAAUUCUGUUUUCUUUGCAUUUGUUUAUUUCUUAUUCACAGUAUUACUACUUUUUUUAAAAAUAUAAAACACGGCUAUACCUAAGGGCUAAGACCUUUUGUAUUCCAGUAUUUUUGGUAUGCCUCUGGAGUCUAAGUCUGUAUUGUGUUGUUAUUUUAAACAUGAAGACGACAGUAAUAAUUAUCGCAUACAAAAAAAAAAGUUAAAAGGAAAAAAAACAAUCUAUUUUGAGUGGCGCUUAGUAUUAAAAUACUAUAAUGCUCACUUGUAAUAUUUAUUAUUUGUCACUGUUUUUUCAGCAUUUCACUUUUAACUCAGAAAUUCUUAUAGGUACAUAGAUUUCUUUACGUACCUAUUUUUACUAUCUUUGUUUAAAUAUAUCUAGCCUAACUACGGGGCUGUGGAACAAAACUUUUCGAACAUGUUUAGACGACCCAAAAAAAUAUUUCUCCCGAAAAAAAUUUGUUAUAAAAAUCUACUACUUGAUUUUACGUGUGUAUUGCAUGAUUAUCAUCUUUCGAUCGUUAUAAUAAUGAAUUAUGAUUAUUCUUAUGUUUAGCCUAUAUGUUAAUUUUAAUUAUAACCAGUUGCAUGAUCGUUGUGUGAGUCAAUAUAUUUAAUAUACAAAUUAAAACUGUGUGAAAUAUUAAUACAAAAUAUAAUUUAAGACUUUUUUCUUCAAAGGCCUAUAAUAUAUUAAAUUAUUUUAAUUUUAAAAGUGUGUAACACUGUAUUUUAAUUUUUAAGGAUUCGGUUUUUGAAUUUUGCAUUAUAUCAGAUGGAAGAGUUGUAAAAUCGUAUUAAAAAUAGCUUCCGAAAUAGUUGAUGGUACCAAAAUAGUAGUUUUCCAUUUAAAUAUUAUUAUCAUAUAAUUUUUGAGUUAUAUAUAUCCAAAUCUUUAAAAAAAUGUCCGAUUGUUCCUUUUACGCGACGAAUUGAGUUUUGGUUUAAUUUCGUGUUAAACACAUAGUACAUAUUAUAUUGCGUAUAAUGGUUUUAAACUUAAAUUUGUAGGUAUAUGAAUGCCAUAAUCGAUGUAUCGACAUAAGCAUUUAAAUUAAUUUUCAAGUUGUGAUGUCUAUAGAUACAGUCAGAGUAAUAUAGGAAACUAUAUCGAGGGAUAGACCUUAAACCAUUAAAUAUUAAAACAGUAUUCACGAAACAAAUUAUAGUUGAUGGAUGUUCAGUUCGUAAGUUGAAUUCGAUAAUUUAUUACGCAAGUUCUCCGAUGAAUUUUAAAAGCUUGAGUAUACUGUGUAGUAUAAGUAUAUAGUAUACGCACGUGGCAUAUUCACGGGAACGUGUCUGUGAAUGUUUUUUCAACAAUUCUUUACAUGUUAAAACACUAUAAUAUAAUGUUGUAGGGCCCAUUUUUUCGGAUGUUAAAGGAGAAUAAUAUAGUUUCGGAAAUGUUUACUUGCUCUGACAAUAGAUAUGAUUACGGGUAUGCAUAAAAAAUUCGAUGAAAUGCCGUAGUAAAAUGUCGACUGGAAUUAUGACCAAUAAUCAUAUAAUUCGAUUUUAUAUUAUAUUUAUUAGGCUAUAAAUAUUAAAUAAUACGAUUUCGGCGUAGUGUUGCGUUUUCAACAAAACUUUUGUUUUCGCCAACUUAUUGGUUUGCAUUCGAUAUUAUUUAACUAUUUAUAAACCGACAUUUUCAGAAAAGUAUAUGCUUUUAUUUAAAUAAUGUACGAUAGUUAGCUGAAACAUACAAAAAACCAGCGAUAAUUUGAAAAGAAAAGAAAAAUAACAUUUAAACGUUUAGAAAGGGAAAAUGAAAAAUGAAAAUAUUGUUUAUAACUGUUUAUAGGAAAUUUGGAUAAAGAAUUCUGUCUUCUGUUUCUACCGAAAAAAAAAUGAAAUUAAAUAAAUUAUUAAUUUAAAUAUUAUUUGUUGAAAAAGCCCAUAAUAAUAUUAUUAAUAAUAAUAAUAAUAAUAAUAAUAAUAUUAAAUUAUCGUCUGACGAUGAUUAAAAAAUUAGCAUGAAAGCUUUUAUGACAUUAUAUCUAACCAAGUGACUCGCGAGAGUUCGUCAUGUUUGUUUUGUAUGUUUUUUUGCAGCACGAAUUUUAACAUGCCGGGUUGUUUCCGUUGAUUGUUUUUUUUGUAGAUAUUAAGACUACGAGCGAAUGUGCCGUCGGGUCAACAAGGUCACACCGAAAGCCGAGCCAUGAUCAAGGUAAUGAUGUCCGCAGAGGUUUUUUUUCUUCUUUUUUUCUUUUCUUUUUUUUUAUUUAUUUUUUAUUUUUUGUGAUAAUUUAUAUCUUCCAAUCUAUGCGUCACUUUAUUCUCAACUUAAAAAUCUGAAAUUCUGAACACGUUUUUAUUACCUACCUACGUAUAUAUAUAUAUAUAUACGUAAACCUAGUGAAAGAGGAAUUUUCGUUCAGAGCUUGGUAUAUACGCACGCACACACACACACACACACAUAUACAACAAUAUACCUAUCCAGUAUACCCGUCAAAGGGGCAAAAUGUGAUUUGUCGACGAUUUAUUAAACGCGUGUGUUUUUCUUUCUGUGAGUGCGCGCGUGAGUGGAAAACAUGCGACAUGAAUUUCAAAAACCAACCAGGACGGGUCAUUUUUUUUGCACACACACACACACUCACACACACACACAUCCAUCCCAUAUUCGCAUUCGGCUUCGACACAUUCAUUUAAAACCACAUGGUAUUGUUUUACUAAUACGUUACGCCAUAGGCGGAAAUUGUUCAUAAUCUUAGAGGAGGGGUUGGUAUUUUAAAAUAUCCCAUUGCGUACCUAUCAAAACUGGUCUCUACGCUCACAAAAAUCAUCUUACCUCAAACAUCAUGAAUAACCUAUGCGUGUAAUUUAUUAUAGACAUUCUACACCGGCCAUGCCAUACAUAUACGUUAUAUAUACCCCCCCCCCCAUCGAUUUCCGCCUAUGCGUUACAGGCGUAUUAUACACACAUUCUGAAAUCGUAACAAUUUUAUCAUAAUAAUGUAAUAAUAUAUAAUAUAAUGAUUGUUAUUGUCGUCGUGAUUAACGGUAUACGGGGUGGUAUAGCAUAUUGCAUACGGACUAAACGAUAAUGCGCGCGGUUUUGUGCAUUUUACAGCGUUCAUAUUGCUCACCUGCAGCGGGCCGACCUUUUGACCGAAUAAUUAUUUACGGUAUGACGAUCUGCAUUUUUGCUACCUGUAUUAUAAAAUUAUAGUUUGAUAAUAAUCGUGUGGUACUAAAAUAACGCCUUUUAUCUAACAAACACGCCAGCCCGUAACAUUUGUUAACAUAAUAUAAUAAAAAUAUUGUUCGUCGGAUUUAAUCAACGCGUUUUUUUGUCUCCCGUGAACAAUAUUGAAAUUUUUUUAAUCUUGACACAACGUUUAAUUUUUUUUUUUUUAAUCAAUGUACGUAAUAUGUUUUCACUAUGUGUUUAAACCGCAAUAUUGUCUACGUUACGCUUGUAUCGGUUCGUGUUUACCGUCGUAUAUUGAAUGUUUUUAUUUUAUUGAUUUUGCAAAAAUAACGCUAAGGGGUUAAAUAUUUUAAUUUCAAUAAAAUGCAUCCUUGUACAUAUUAUAUACAUUAUACAUAACGCGCAUGCAUUGCAAUAAUAUAAAAACAAAAGCAGAAUUAAUUACAGAUUAUACAGUUAUUAUUAUUAUUAAUUUGUUAUUGUGUGUGAUGUUUCCUUUGUAUUCCAAAUAUAGGUAUAAAAUAUUUAAAAUAUCUACGAGUAUAUUGCAAUUUGUAUUAAUUGUUGUUUAUAAAAUACAAUAAAUAUUACUCUAUACUUGCAUAUAUUAUAUAGAUAUAUUAGACUAAAAAUUAUAAUAUUUAGGUUGAGUUGUUGAAGUAUGCACCACAGAUAAAUAAAACCACUAGAUAACCGACAUUAUGACAGUAAAUUUUCAUUUUGCCAACCGACCAUAUACCAAUAGAACACAUUUUAUUGAUUAGACCGUGAAAUAUUUAUGUAUGUAUAUGCCAUGCAUUAUGUGAUCGUAUGAAAUCAUUCAUAUUAUUCAUAUUAUUCAUAUUAUUUCCAGUAACCUGUAGACAAGGUUUUAAUUAUUAUGGUUAGGAGCGUCAUGUAAGGGGGUGUUUGAGGGCUGCAGCUCCUCAUGGUAUCGAUAAACUGGAGGUAUAAGGAAUAUAUGCCGGAUAAAACUGUACAUGAAUAUCUAAAAUAGUGAACCUCAUUUGACAUUUUAAAAAUCUGGCGAUUACGGUUAUGGUAUUAUUGAAAGGUAUAUUUGCCUUUAAUAUAUUGAGUGACAUCUUUUUCAAAUAGUUUAAACGGGAUAUAAUAUUAAAUAUUAAUAUAAUAUUAAAUUAUUUCUUUGUUUUUGAUAAAUUCUUGCUUUUUGUUAUACUUUUCUCUAUGUUUUAUUGGAACUAAUUUCUGAUUUGUUAGUAUUUUUAUAACGGUGAAAACCAAUGGUUCUUAAUUUUCCAGUCUAAUAUGUGGCUUGAAACCACUUAAAAUAAUAUUGUCGGACGAAAUCGAAAUUCUCAAUUUUUCAUUUGGUACGCAAUCGGAUGCAUACCUGCUAAAACCGGACGCAAUCAAAACUUGAGAUGUGUUACAAAGAUCAAAACGGGACGCAAUCAGACGACGCUUAUUCCAGAGACUCGUGUGUCCACGCCACGUGCUUUUUGUCGUAUUCUGAUCUGUUAUAAUCUUGGUAACAUUUGGUAACCUAUACCUAUUGGGAAAUUUCUAGAGUUAGACUAAAUUCAUCUUUUCUCUCAUUUGGGUUACACCGGUCGGUCAAUAUUUUAGUGUUAUCAAUAUAACAAGUCUAUAAUAUCGCCUUACUGUAUAGAUCUGUGCCUCUGUCAUACUAUCGGUUAUUAUGUCGUUUUACAUGUCUAUGGUGUACAAAUGGUUUGAGUGAAUAUUGUAUUAUCUGAUAACAGCUGUUAUGAAUUUAAAAAAAAUGUAUAAAUUUACUUUACAGAUUACUUUUAAGAAUAUAAAUCAUGCAUGUUAUCAUAAUAUGUUUAUGAAUACUUUAAAUUAAUAUCAAUGUGAAAUAUUUUUCACGGUAAACUUUAAGUCGAUAUCGGUAUAGCCCAAAACGCGAGGAACUUUUGUUUUAUUUAAUUGUUCAUAAAAAAAAAAAAAAAAACAAAUGAACUUGUUAUUUUGCAAACAAAGUCAUAAUAUUAAAUUCUUUACAUAAGUAAAGUUAGUAUUAUAGGUUAAAGACCUUAAAACUUUCUAAGCAAAAUAAUUUAAUAAACUUUGGACUUCCAAAUGUAUGACAAUGACAAUGAAUUUUAUGUAUAUAAAAACUUUGCUCGUAAUUAUAUUUUCCAAAAACGCUGUUUUAUGGUAAUUUUUUUUUUAUUCGUUAUUAUUAUCAUUAUUUUCACGCAGUUAUUUCAUCUUGAUAAUAAUAAUAAUAAUAAUAAUAUUUUCAAGUGUGGGAAUUAAAUUCAUCACAUUAAAUGGACUGUAAACAAUUUAUAAGAGGUAGAAAUCCUUACAGGAAGCCAUGGUGGCGAAAUGCAGUCAAUGCAUAUACUUUUUACCUAGCCAUUUCUGUAUUAAACCUUAAUAACCGCUAUUAAACAGUCAUUCGAAAAAGCGGAAAUUGAAUUUAAAUCUUUAAUACUUACUUUUAUAUAUAUAUUAUGACUUUUAUUUUGUUGUAUUGAAAAAUCGUGUAAAUACCUACAUAUCUAUUAAUUUAUUAUACAAUAUAUAUUGUAAAGACAAAUUUAAUUUUCUUGUUCUUAGUUCAAAUACACGAGUAAUUAAGUUAAAAUAAAGUAAAUAUCAUUAGAAUAUUUUUAUGUAGUGUGUUUAUGAAACGUAAAAAAAAUAUUUAUAUUGUAUACAGUUGUGGUAGUCUCACUGGUAGUAAGUACGUAGUCGUGCUUAUUGUGUAUAAUAUAUAUUUUUUAUGUUAAGGACAUUGUUUUUAAUUGGGAGCUAUUUUUAUUGAGUGCGUGUACAAGUUAUCUUAUUAAAUUCAAAAGUUAUUCUAAUAUAUAAAAUUGUGUAAUAACUACACCGAAUAAAACGAGCGGGUUUUGGCAUUCUUAAAAUUAAAAUUAGGUAGACACUUUGCAUUGUACAAUGAUUGUUGAAAAUUCAAUACUAUUAUAGUUUAAAAACGACAGUAAAUCAUUAAUUAACAAUACAAUAAAUUGUAUAGUGUAUCUAAGACUUUUUCCAGUUUUCUCUGACAGUACAAUGAUGAUUAUUUCGCUGCCAUAUUCCAAUGUAUUGUAAUUUAUAUCAAUGUCGUUCAAUCGAAAUCGUAUUAGGAAACAUAGUUAGCAUACCUAUACGUAUUUAUAAGUGCUCUCUGAAAAAAUAAAACUUCAUCUUUAGCUACUGUACCUAUAGCUGACCUAAGAUAUUAUAGUAAGGUCAUUAGUUCAUUCGUUUUCUUUCUUAUAUUUAUUGGAACUCAAAUGUGUAUUUUUAUUUUUAAAUGAAAAACAAAAAUAUUUUGCAAUUAAUAAUAACACGCGCACAAUAUUAUUAUUUAUGUCGACCCAAUGUUAAAAAUUUAAAUCAACAACGAGCUUGGUUUUAAUGAUGUCGAUUAAUCGUAAUGAAUAUUGAACCGCGAAAUAACAAUUUACCGUCUGUUUAAUAUUUUACGACGAAACCCAUAUAUAAUAAUAUAUACCUAUAUUAUUAAUUCACAACUGUCACGCGACAUAUUAUUUUACAACGCCAAUGUUGUGUAAUAUUAAUUCGUUCAGUUCUAAUGUUUUUUAUUAUAAUAUUAUUAUAGUUCCUGAAUAUGGCCAGUGUGUUUAUGAGGAUAUUCAACUUGAUAUGCAUGAUGUUGCUCAUCGGACAUUGGUCCGGAUGCCUACAAUUCCUAGUCCCUAAUCUACAAGGAUUUCCACCCGAUUCGUGGGUCGCUAUUAACGAGUUACAGGUAAUAUAAAAAUCUUAUAUUAUAACGAAAUGUUAAAUCAAAAACCCGCGUUUGUAACCAUGCACAGUUAUUCGCCAGAUAAACUCAUUCAACAAAUCAAUUUGACCAAAUAAAGUAGUAUGUGUUUUUCAAUUUAAAGUGCCGUUAAUAGGUGGAAAACGCUAUAAGAUAACGCCUCCAAUUUAAAAUUCGAUCUUAAUCUGUUUGAUUGUAAAUACAAGUAUAAAGCUCUAAUACUAACGAUUUAUUAUAGAACUGUAUUGUUGGAAAAUAUUAAUACAAUAUAUAAUACAAAUUUAAUCUUAUUUAAAUUUAUAAAAAGCAAUGUACGUAUAUGGUUUUGGUUUAUAUACUUAAAAAUUCCUUUUUAUUUGAUUACACCUUUUUUAAAUAAAAAAACCUGAUCAUAGCAGACGGUUAAGGUGCAAUUAAAAAAAAAAAUUUAAUAUAAUAAUUAAAAUUUUUUUCAUCUUGUUGGCAUCUUUGUAAUUAUUGCGAUUUUGCAUAGUCAUAUAUUUUAUACUUCAAAAUUAGCUGUGUCAGUUAUAAGCAAUGUCAUAAUAAUAUUAUUUUCAUAAUCAUUGUAUUGUAUUUCCUGUUUAAAAUUUAUUUUAAUGGAUAUUACCGUCAUUCGUACCUUGACUGGUUUGAAUCUACGAUGAGACGAUUGAAAAUUAAUUUUAAUCACUAUGUUUGAAAUGCCACACGGAUAUGCCAAGAAAGCAUAUUAUCUAUAACCAAAUUUUAUAAAAUACGGUUUUAAUAUCACGUAGGGCUCAUUUCCUAAUACUGCCAAAAGUCUUCCUUAAAAAAUGACACGAUAAGCAUAGAAACAUUUUCAAUUUAAAAAAUUAUAAACCAACAUUAGACAAGACACCAGCAGAUAUACAUGUCACAAUUUAUGGACAUUUUUUUGAUGUAUACAUUAUUGGCUGUUUUGAUUUUUAGCUUUCUUUUUUUUUUUAAAAUAUAAAUUGCUUCCUUGUGGUCUUAAACUUACCCAAAAUAAAUUUGAGCCGAAAAAAAUUGACUUUUGAAUCAAGUAAAAUUACACUUGAUUCCAAGUGAACCUUAUGUAUUCUUUUGUAAUCUUUAAGAAAAAACUAUGUAAAACCUCGAACUUUCGAACUUAAUGAGUAAAUAUGAUUUAAUUGAAAAUAUCAUUUCUACUUUUUUAUUUUAUUUAAAUAGAAAAACUUAUUAUGCUAUUAGUAAGUUCUAAAACUUAUUUUUUUGAGCUCAAUUAUUUUUUUUUGGUAAGUUUGAGACCACAAGGAAGCAGCUUCCAGUCUUAAUUCGAAAAAUAAAAGUUAAAAUCAAAACAACCUAGUAUAAAUGUAUAAAACUGUACACAUAUUAUAGUAUCUAAGAAGACAGAACUAUAUAUUUUUACACACAUAUGUCUACUUUUUAAUUUUUUAACACGACAUGUGUGUACCUGUGUAUAGAUGUCCGAAUCCGCGGUAAUAACAGUACUAUUGUCAUUUAAUGCUACCCAACUUGGGCUCUAAUACACGUUAAAAUAAUUGCACAUGGUUUUAAUGACAAUUUAUAUUUUCAAGUUUAAACUGUCUUGAUGUAGUUUAAUUUUCUACACAUUUGUAUGCAUCAAACGAAUGCGUGAAAUAUUGAACCAAAGACGGUUUAUUAUUUAUUAAUCGUUUACAAUUUAGAAUAUAGGAGUAAUGCUGGUUAACUAAUACAUUAUUCCCCAGCUGUAACUUUUCACCUAUUAUAAUAUGCCGGCUUAUAGUUCCUUCAAAAAUGGCUAAAUAAAACGUACCUAUAAAAACCUGAAUGACAAAAUGGCUGGUUCGUGAUUAAAAAGAAGUCGCUAUUGUUAAAAAAAAAAAGUAUAGAAAUCAGUAACAUGACAUUAUUCCAUCUAAAUUAAACAUUUAAUUGAAAAAUAAAAAUAUUUAGAUAUUUUUUUUUAAUUUUUAAAAUUUUUUUUAUCUGUUUACAAUGGAUAAACCCAUAAACCCAUAUCGUAGAAUGCCAUACCUUGUCCCUGGUUUGUAUAGUCGUAUCUAGUAUUAUUAUUACUUUAAGAUUUUGAGUGGAGCGAGGAGGAAUGUAUUGAUUUUACAACAAUAUUUAAUUUAAAUUUAUUUUUCUGUGGAAAACUUUUCUACUAGCUAGUUUGUUUUUAUUUACAAUUAUACUGGGAAGGUAUUUUAAGGAGGUAAUCUUGAUUUUCCUAGGAGUUUUCCCAAUAAAUUGGAAAACCAUGGUAAAAAUGGUAAAAUAUUAAACAAAUAUUAUUAAAGAAAAUAUAUAAUGUAUCUUUUUUUUUUUUUUUUUUAGUUAAUUUUAAGAUGUACUAAAACUGUGCAAAUCGUUGGUUUUAAUAAUUUUGUAUUUGUAUAUUUAACACCGAUAGUGUUGAACUAAAAAAAAAAUACAAAAAUACAAAAAUAUUGAUUUGAAAAAUUAAGUUUUACGUCUGUGCGUACAAAUAUAAUUACGUGUUAUAACCGUGAAUGUACAUAGGUAUACUUAGGUACGGUUUUUAAACUAAACGUGAUGUAAAUAAAGCCAGACCACCAAUGACUAUAUGUAAGCUGUAUAUAUAUAUAUAUAUCAAAAGAAAAGUCGAGUUUUAUAAUAAAAAGAUAUUUCUGUAAUUUAUAUUUUUGUUCAGCUACUACGACACUCUUAGACAUAGUUUAGUAUUUGUUUACUUUUUCAACAGCCUCGCCCAAAGAACGUGGAAUACCAUUAAAAAUAAUGUUUUACUACACAACGUAUGACUUUAUUUACUCCUCGAGUAAAACAGUGAUAUUAUUAUGCAGAUAUUUUCAAACAUAUUAUAGUGACUUGUAAGGUAUACGCGAUGUAUUCGUGUCACUACAUACGAUGUAUAGUAUAAUAUAUUGGUACAUCGGUGCGUGUAGCAUCGUAAAUUUAAACGUUUCCGAAAAUUUAAAACGCUACACAUAAAUAAAAUGCGGCUUUAGCGUGUUGGAUUUACAUAGGAAAUUUAAAGAUUUGGCGGUACCAUAAGAAAACCUCCGUGAUCGAAAUCGACGCAUAGUAUUAAUAAUCGAUCGGAAACGAUAAUGUCGCCAAUAAUUUAAAUUUUAUCUUUAUUCCUGUUCGUAUAUAUAUAUAUAUAUAUAUAUAUAUACACGAGUAGGUACCUACGUACGUAUAUGGAUUACUCUCUGUAAGCCACGAGAUAAAACUCUCUGGAAACUUGUAUAAUAUACCUACUUAUAAUAAUGUAUACGGGCAUAAAAUAUUAUAAACUCGUCAUCUUUUUAAAAUUUCGGCUUUAGAGUUUUAUUUUUUCAAUUGUUGCUAGAUUACAUUUAUUCGAACGAAACCCCGCUAGUGCUGCAGCACGUUGAAUAAUGUUAUUUUCGUUUAUUUUUUAUUAUUAAAAUAUUAUAGGUAUAGGUAUGAAUCGCGCUUGACUGAUUAAAAAAGGUAAAACUGUAAAAUAUAUACACGUUUUGAAUUAAUUAAAAAACUUUUGUACCGACUGUAGAUUAUGUUUAAACUAUAUAUAUAUAUAUAUGUAUAUACACGCGUCGGGGUAUAACAAAAACUCCUCUUAUAGUUUUCAAGGCGCGUAUUAUUUUACUGCACGAUCGUGUUAUUACAAUAUUAUGUUGUACAAAGUGUGAAACCGAAUUCGAUUGUAACUUUUAACGAUGUUUAUGUAUAUGUAUACAGGAUGCCAACUGGGCAGAAAAAUACUCGUGGUCACUGUUCAAAGCAAUGUCGCAUAUGUUGUGCAUCGGAUACGGUCGGUUCCCUCCGCAGUCGUUGACUGACAUGUGGCUGACCAUGUUAUCGAUGAUUAGCGGAGCUACGUGCUACGCUCUGUUCUUGGGACACGCCACAAAUCUGAUACAGAGUUUGGAUUCGUCUCGGCGGCAGUACCGCGAAAAGGUAUUGUCAUAGUGGUAAUAUGGGAGGGGUGGCAAAAGGAAACUGAGGAGGCGAGAGUGUCUUUUUGCCCCUCCUCCGUUGUAAAUCGCGAUAAAAUUUAUUUGAACAUAAUAUAGAAAAUUAAAAAAAAACACGUUUAAUAGUAUUAUUUUUUCAUCCAUGAAAAUAAUAAAUAAUCAGAUCGAUAAUGUCGUCCGAUAAUAUUAUCAUGUAUCUAAGAUUAACCUAACCUAACUUAAAGAUAACUUAAUUCGUGUUUAUGCUGGUUGUGGGCACAUUGCCACGGCAAUAAUGUUUGUUUGUGGCUAUAAUCAAAUCAAUUGAAUUUCAAUAAAUAUUAAUAAUAUAUACCUAUGAUUGUUUAAUAUCACAAUUAUUAAAACGUUUUGAAUUGCAAAAUUAUUAAAACUGUUAAUCAAGUGUCAACAUUAUUUAUUAAUUUAUGAUUGUAUUAUAUGUACGCUUUUUUUUGUUAUUAACUGCCUAUAAGUUUUCACCGUUUAUAUUUUUAUACUUUUUGAUUCGAUAUUUUAAGCUUGAGUACAUUAACUAAUAACUACAAUAUUGAUUUCUAAACUGGGGGUAAUACAUCUGCGUGGGGUAAAGUUCCUUUCUAUUUUGUUUAUACCUAAUAGAUUUUAAGUUUUACCAUAGACUGCCCUCUCAACAAUUUAUCUUAGAUUAUAUCGCUGGGCAUUAUAAUAUUCGGAUAGUACAUAGUUGUUAGAAAAUUAAAUUGGGAAACUAUAAUCACGGCAGCCUUAUGCAGCAACACCAACGUCGAAAAAUGAAAAAUAAUCCGCCACGACCAAACCCACGAAAAUCGGUGUCUUAAAUGAAAACCUUUAGUCGUUGGAAAACCACGCCAAGUUUUUCUUUAUAUAGGAACGGGGAAAUGGAAAAUAUUAUGCCUGGUUGGUUAUAUACUGAAAUGGAAAAAUCGCGUUGCUGAGCGAUGUUGAAAAAUUCGAAAAAUGAAUCAUAAUACGAAGUUAUGGUAUUAUAUUUUGGGAGAGAACGGUUGGAAACGGUGAAAUAUUGCGCGUGGCCAGUGUCUAAUUAACUGAAAUAUUGGCCAAGUGCACAAUACUAGUUGGAACCCGUCUGUAUAUUUAUAUUAGAGACGAACGCGGAAAAUUCGAUGGGAAGGGUUGACGUUUACCACUAAUAUAUAUAAAUCUAAUUUGAGAAUACUCUGUAAAAAAACGUCCUGUUAUGUAUUUUAUAUGUACCUUAUGCUAUUUAUAUAUUUUUUUGUACUACUCAGUUGUUAUACUUCACAGAAAUAUUAAUUCUUCAAUGGGGGAAAAAAAUGGGGGCAUAUAGAAUAAUGUCUCGAGACCCUACACGUGAGCCCAUAUAUUUUAUGGACCACGUGCACAGACUGCACUUACGUUAAUCUGGGCUUGGUCUAACCCCUUAUAACUUUUCUUGACAACUGUAAUUAUCCGAUUUUACUGGCGUACUUACUUUAAUAGCUAUAAUUAUUCGUUCAUCGGGACGCAUUAUGUUAUAUUAUUAUUUAUUAUACUAUCGGUUUACGGGGGUUUUUUUUUUAUUAGGUUAAACAAGUGGAAGAAUAUAUGUCCUACAGACGACUGCCGUUGGACAUGCGCAAAAGAAUAACCGAAUAUUUCGAACACAGGUAUCAGGGAAAGUUUUUCGACGAAAAAUGGAUAUUGGACGAAAUGUCCGACAAGCUGCGUGAGGUGAGUGUUUCCGUAUUUCACUGAUAAGUCAUGCACCUAAUACUUGAGACGUAAAUCAAAUGGAUUUUGAAUUUAGGACGUUCGAAAUUACACGUGCCGUAAAUUAGUGACGAAUUUGCCGCUUUUGCGAAACGCCGACAGCAAUUUGCUCACCGAAUUGAUCGACUGCUUAGAGUUUGAGAUGUUUCAACCAGGUAAUUUUUUAUGUUUUUUAUUGUUGUUAUUUUAUCUCUUACAAUUAUUUUCAAUAAUAUAAUUGGAAAUAUUUGUUAGUUUUUUUUUUUUUUUUUGAUUACGGUGCGUUUUAACGAGAAACGAACAUUGACGGUCGAGAACGGGGAUGAAGGACGCGAAGAAAAAAACAGCGUAAUACUAUAUAGAUGAUGCAAUGGUAUAUGCAAGAUUUAACGAUUUUCAAAUAAGAAAUUCUGCUCGGGACCGACUGAUAGAUAGACCGGCUAACCGCUUGUGGGGUAGAUGCGGGUAGGGGUAAAUAAAAAAAAAAAAAAAAAUAAAAUAAAUAACGUACAAACAUACGAGGAAAAAAUACGUAACUAUCUGUGCGAAAGGAAUGCAAAAUAAUUCUGUUUGGAAACAGUACGCGCUUGUCACAAGAAUUGAGAUCUAAGGCACAUAUAUAGUGGUUUUGUGAACGUGAUGCGGGGUCGCUGUUGGGUAUACUGCUGCUGCUGUAGGGGUAGUCCGAUUGCGGUUGAACGAUCGUGCAAUUUAAAGAUCUAUGUCUGUUAAACGGCAACAUUCGUUACGCCCUGACGUAAAUACUGUAAACGGUUUUUUUGUUUUCUUUAUUUGUUUUUCUUUAUUUAAACCAUACGGCCGACGAAAAUCCCGCCGAUUAAUGGAUAUAUAAUAAUGAUUGCAAUGUUGAUGUUGCUAUGAGGGAUUGGGUAGUUUUAUAAUAUUAUCAAAAAAAAAUUAGAAAAUGUAACGUUGAUAUUUCUCAUUAUUAUCAUUAAUAAUCCUAAGAGAUUAUAGUUUAUUGUAAUAUUUUAUACUUCUUGUUGUAGUUAAAUUCUUUUUUUCCUAUAAUGCGUUCUCAUGAUUUGGAUUACAUAAUAAUAUACCCGGCUCUAGUUUUUUUCUGCUAAAAUCUUAUUGUUUUUUGUAAGGUUUUACUAUUACUAACAUUAUGUCAUUAUCUCUUCUGGAUUGAAUAAAUUUCCAUAAUUUACGUUUUUCCUUUAUUCUGCAGUUUAAAACAUCUCCGUCCAUGACAUUUGUAAAAUUUGUUUGAAACACUAAAUCUCAAUUGUCACUAGUUUAAUUGUUUAAUUAUAAUCUAAAAUUGUCCAGGUUUUGCAGUCAAACAAUUCCAUAUUCACUGCCUUUAAAAAUGUCUUCCUUACAAGCAGCCCGAAACUAUAACUAAUAAAGAUUAGAUGGAUUUUAUUUUGCAAGGUCCUUUUUUUUGCGAUCGUCCUCUGUUAUACAGGAUAACCAAUAUACUAUUAGACUCUCAUUAUCUCGGAAAGUAUUCACUUUUUUUGGCAAUUUAAAAAACAAGCAACUCUAAAAUGUAACAUAACUAUUAAUUUUGUCACUUUUUUUGAGUGGGGUGGGAAAGGGCGUGAGACGACUACUUAUUUUUGAUUUUCAAAUGGCAAACUAUAUUCAAAAAUCUAUAAAUAGAUGUGAUAUUAGUUAAAAUACAUUUUAGUGUUGAAAUUUUUGAUUUCUGUCUAGCCGUUGCCGAGAUAUUUCACUUUUGAUUUUAGGUUGGGGAAGAGUAGUGGAGUAUAAUUUUGUGUGACUAGUUUCUAAAUGGAUGUUUGAAACAUUGCACUUGUUCUAUCUGCUUGUUACUCAAACUAAUGCGAAUAUCCUCAGUAAUGCGUAAAUAAAAACACGUGUAAUCCUAGAAAAUAUCCAUUUAGAAAACACUAAACACCGCCAAAACAAUUAAUGUUGAGUUUGAUAAGAUUAGGCAGUGAUUAAAAUUGUUAUUACAUUACGCGUUAUUCGUGUACCUAAUUAUAAUAUUUAAAAUCACACUGUAACAUCAUUUUACUGUGGCCAUUGUAAUUCGAUACAAAAUAUAAUACCGUAAUAUUGAAACAAAAUAGGGAAUAAUUUUCUUUCGAUUUUAUCCGAAAUCGAAAACGUUUCGAUAAAAUAAUGUUAUUAUUAUUAAUUGACACUUUUGAUCGUCUAGUUGAGCACUCAAGCUCAUAAUAAAAUAAUAAUAUACAAUACGUAUUUUUGUACAGUAUUCGCAAAUAUUGUUACGUAAAUUGAAUAGACAUAAAUCAUUAUUAUGUUACACAAUGCUUUACGUAUGUAAAAAAUAUACGGAAUUCGAGGGAAAUACGUAAUAUAGUGAUUUAAUAUUUAAUAAUGAUUGAACACGGCGGAAUAAUAUUAUCCAUCGAUAAUUACUAUUUGCCGUUCAACAUAGCUGAUUCAAGUAAACAAUUUAAACUAAUAUGUAUUUUGUAUAUUAUCGCAUACAGAAUAAAAUAUAAUGUAUACGGACAAUUUGGGAUAUCUGCUUUGUUACUUCAGAGACUAUUGUUGACUCGUAUACAGAGUUUCCAGAUUAUAAUAAUAGUGUGUAUUAUUUGACAUUUAGCCAUGCAACAGUAUUAUGACGUUUUACGUAUUGUACCGAAUACUAAUUAUCGUUACAUGUAUAAUAAACGUUUAAUAAAAUAAUAAAGUAAAACAAAAAUAUUAAAAUGAUUAAUGUUCGUAAAUAAACAAAGUCAAGAAAUAUGUAAAUAAAAAAAAUGUAUAUAUAAAAAUAAAAAAUAAAUGAAUGAAUGAAUGCGUUGCCAAGAGUAUUAUGGUAAGUGUAUUAUACGACCGGUUUCGAAUUAAAAAUUCAUCAUCAGGUAUAUCACAGUCGAAAUGUAAAACGUAACUGAAUGUAAAAAAUUAAAUGAAGGGAUACAUAAGGAAAAAGAUUACACAAAUUGGUCGUUUUACAUAGAAAUAAUUUAUUUUAAUAGGAGAGACUAUUUAAAAUGGGUUGUUAUUAAACAUUGAUAUGUUACGAAAUAUAAAUUAUUAUCUCAUUAUUUAUUAUCCAAAAUGUAUUGAUAUAAGACGUUUUUUUAAAAAUCGGUAUGUACAUUUAAAACAUUAUUAAAAUUAUUUUUCUUUAUUUCAUUGUAUAUAUGUAAUUCUUCUAAAACUGAAUUAAUGUUAAUGUUAUUUUGUGUAUUCAAUAUCUCUAAGUCUUUAUUAGUAUCAAAACUUAUAUUAUAGUUAUUUUCUAAAACAUGUUAAACGAAAUUUGAAUUAAGGGCAGUCUUUUUUAAUUUUAUUUCAGAAAUGUGUUCUUUGUAUCUUAUUUUAAAAUUUCCAUUCGUCUUACCUGUAUACAAUUUGUUACAGUUACAUUUAAAUUUUUACACACCAGCAUUUUCAAAAUAAGGGAGAUUUUUUGAGAAGUUUUUAGUUUUAUUGUUUAUAUGUUUGAUUAAAUUAUUAUUAGUCUUAAAAGCGAUUUUUACAUUAUUUGUAUUAUUGUUCAGAAUUUUAGCGAAUUUGUUAGACAUAUUAUUUUGAUAUUUUAUACUACAAUAAUUAACAAUGAUUUUUAUUAUUAUACAUGAAUUGUUUAUUUACAUAUUUAUUUAUUAUAUUCAUCAAUAUUUUCUCAACAAAUUACGCAGUUUUUCAUAAAAAAAAAAAAAAAAAAAAAAAAGUAAUAAAUUUCGUCUCAAUAAUAUUAUUAGUAAGUAUGAAAAUAUAGUGUAUUAUAGCGUAAUUAUAAUUUGUCAUUGAUUAGAUUUAAGCCUAAACCACGCUAUGUCUGAGUAUGCAAAUUAUUAGUAGGUUUCUUACUAUAUGCUACCUAAUAUUGAACAUUAAUGGCUCAUUAAUGUUUAGAACUUUAAGAGUAUUAAAAUGGAAUGUUGUGUUUAAAAACGUUAUUAUCGAGUUUUAUCUGGAUUAUAAUUCCUUUAAAAAAAAAUAUAUAUAUAUAUAUACAUGAAUAAGGUAAUAUAAUAAAUCUAAAAAUGUAACCUAUAAUACUCGACACUUCAUGUCGCACGGACGAAAAUAAUUACAUUUUAUCCAUUCAAUGAUAUAUGUACAACAUAUAUAUAUAUAUUAUUUUUAAAACAUUCACUGAUUUAUAUACUUACCUUAUGUAUAAUAUAUUAUUUUAGUUUUCGUUCUACCGUGAAAUUUAUGUUUCUUAAUCAAUAUUGUUCCGUAUAGAUUUCCGGGGAUAUAUUCUAUCAUUCGAUAAAAAAUGUGUGAAGUUGUUCGAUUUAGAAAAAAAAAAAAAAUAGGUAUUCCGCGAUAUAUAUCACGAGGACAAGCUUAAAAAUAAAGCCACCUUGGGAUUCGAUUCCUUUUCUUCUUUAAACGAUAACGUUUAUCGUUCAGGCCAUCAAUAUUCUUCUUUGACAAGUAUAAAAGACUACAUUUUUUAUGCCUUGUAAACAAAAAGUCUAUUUUGGAUUUUUAAAUGAAUGGUUUUUGUGAAAAACGUUGGUGGUAUUUUUAUAUUAUUAUUGUUAAGCGUGUACAUUAUACAAUUCUUAAACUUUUUAAAUUAAAAAAAAAUAUAUUUAUUAAAGUGUAGACGUUAUUUUAAAAACGAAAAUAUAUUAUAACAGGAUUAAUAAUAAGCACAUUGGCUAGGGUUGAAAUAUAGACGAGUAUUUAAUUCAUUACCAAUAAUAUACGCCCGAGUGUUUUGUUUUUUUUUUUUUUUUUGUAUCACAAAAAUAUUGUUAACAAACUCGGAAUAUAAUAAAAUACCUACUUAAUAAGCACUUAUAUUCGAGAAUGUUUUUUUUUGUUUAUUACCACAAUUGCAUUUAGGUACUGUUACUACGUAAUGUUAUAGCGUUCGGACGACAAAUGAGAUUCGAUAUUAUUCGAGUAUUUUCGACGAUUCCGGUUUUGAUAAUAUGAUUUUUAACACGACAAGUCGAUAAACUGUAUACGAUUGAAAACAAUAUAGCAAUUGCUUCAAUUCCGGCCGGUUCGGCGCCAACGUCAGACAGUACAGUGUUUCUGCGCCGAACAAAAUGACCGAACGCGAUUGUAGUGUUUAUUGGGACAAAAACGGAUUUCCGAACGGUCCGGGUUACCGUAUGGUGGUCGAAUACUGUCCGCGUGUUCCGCGUCUCUCUAAACGAACGUCCCGGGCCUUCGGCCGGCAAUGACGAUGGGGUGUAAUAACGACGCGCAGUGUAAACGGCGACGAUGACGAUAUGACGUAUCGAACGCAGUAAAUCACGCGGGUCCGACGGCAUUGUAACGAGUAUGGAUGGUUUUGAGAACGGUUGUCCGAAAAGGACGCGCGCGCGUUUGCCCGAAAACGUACACGACCGAGACGAGAACCCCCCCCCCCCUGGAACAACGAACCCGUUUGACAUUUAAACAGGCGAAUUCUCCCGGGGAAAAACCCACGUACCCAGCCUAAUCUCACGUAAUAUAUAUACACGGCGUGAUGCGACCGUUCGCCGUUCGCCGUGACGGCGGUCAGCUGCGUUCGGCUGUAUAUUUUCAUUGCUCGUGUAAUAUAUCGACGUCCCGCGUCCCCCGUACGCCGUCACCGUGUUUGCCCGUCGGCCCGAGUCGACGGGGACGCCGCCGACCCAAGACCGAAAUGCACGUCAAAGUCGCGUUCUCCCGACUUCAAACGAAAGUCCGUACGUGCUUCGAGAGUUGAACAGCGGCAAUAAUACCCGUGUAUGGGUGCGUAUACAUUGUACCGAUGAGGAGGGCGAGCCGAUUACAGUGUAAAUUCGUGUGUGUGUGUGUGUGUGUGUGUGGCUGAAAUGUCGCCAACGUAUAUGUAUGUAUAUAUUUGCAAAUUUAUUAAUUAACAACCGUUAUAAAUUUAAAAAAAAAACCCCUAUACAUUUUGGCGUUAAAUUUUUCCGGAAUUUGUUUUCUAGAAUAUUUAAGAAACAAGCUGCUCUACGAUCGAUGUUCCUUUUUUUUUGGUGACCCUUAUUUUUUGGGGGGGGGGUAAAAGCAGUACUUAUUUUCGAUUUUCAAACGGCAACCUAUAUUAAAAAGUCCAUAAACAGAUGGACGAUAUUAGUUAAAAUACGAAUUAAAGUGUUGAUACUUUUGAUUUCCGUCGAUCCGUUGACGAGAUAUUCCACUUUUAAGUUUGGGUCUGAGGAGAGCACUGGAUUAUCAUUUGUGUCGGCGUGUUGAUAAUGGAUGCCGUUUAUUAGUUUGUACAUAAUACGGUAAUUAUUUACAUUGUGUCCAAUGAUAGCCCGUUUUAUUCGGUAAACAAUUCUGAGCCGUGUCGGUUGAACUUAUUUUGUUUAAAUUUAAAAUACUGUUAUUAUCGUUUGUAACCAAAAAGUGAUAUUUUCCACCGAGUUAGCGAAUCACGACAAAAGAACGAAAUCGAAUAAAAAGCCGUUAUUGCGUUAAUAAAUAUUUCUGUUCUCAACGUCUCCUUUCUCCCCACCUCGGGUUUUCCUAUAUAUUAUUAAAAAAAAAAAAUACUAAGAAAAUCUAAUAACGACCUGAAUGUACCAACUAAACAAAAUUUCCUACCAUAAGUAUUUUGUAACCACAAACCAUCGCAGAUGGUACCAAAUGAUCGGAAUUAUAAGAUUUCUAGUAGAAAAGUUUUUCAGUGUCCUCAGAAGAAAAAAAACAACCUAUUAUUAUUAUCUUUGCUCAAAAUCUAUAAAAUAAAUGUAAAAGUUUUAUUUGAAAAAAAAAAAAAUCAAGUUACGAAUGCCCAUUCUGUGAGGUGUAAAAUUUCCGGUUUCUAAACGUAUUUUAAAUUAGUGUUUCCUCAAUCUUAGGUUCGCAUUUCAAGUUCGAGUCGCAGAUAAUUUUGAAUGGGUCACCAAAAAAUUAAAACAUUUUUAUGACAUUUACAUUUAGUUGUGUUCGUGUAUAUGUAUUACUUUAAAAAUAAAUGGCAGGUAAUAGUAUCAUUUAAUUAUGGUAAUUUAAUAAUUAAGUGGAUUUGUUAUGGUGGGUAUCCAUUUAGAAUUAUUUUCCAAAAGGUUGCGUGAAAAAUUAGGAAAAUAUACCCCCCGUACAAAUUAAUUAUUUCAAAUUGCAAACGGUUGAUAGACCGGCCAUUUUUAAAAUUCUUUAAGUAAUUAUAUUUCAGUACCUAUUUUUUUUUUUUUUUUUUUAAUAUUAACAAAAAUGUCCUAUUUAACAUUGUAUGGAUAAAAAAAAAUUGUUUUUAUGGGUAAUUUCAGGUUGAUGAUUUAUAUUAAUGAUAAAUUAUUAUCAAUUAUACGUCAAUAAUAUUUUGUACACAUCUUAUACGGUUCGCGGCUAAUAACUUAGUCAAUAUUGAUUUUCUCCUUACCAGUUACAAUAGUUUAUUUGUUCCUUAUUACAUUCUGAUGACAUUUUUUGGUUGGCAAUUUUUUUGUUUGUUUUUUUUUUUUUUCAGUGCACUCUAUAAGGUAUACACACACACACACACACACACACACCUUUUAUACAUAUGCGUCUUAUCGUCCAUACGGAGAUAUACCUUAAUACAUAAUUAAUUACAAUCAUAACGUACAUUUUCCAAUCUGCGUUCCAUUUGGAAUUAUUAUUAUUAUUGUUAUUGUUAUUGAUUAUUGUUUCGUACAUCGUUUAUCGUUUACCGUAUAUUUUCAAAGUUGUUAAUUGAACCGUUGCGCGUACGGGGUAUAAUUAAAAUGCAAAACUACGUAAAUAGGUAAAUGUAUAGUCUGUAUAUAUUACGUAUAAUGUUAAAAAUAAUACGUAUACAAUAAUCGGUUCUAAUUCCGCAAUACGUUGCAUACGUCCUAUUCGAUGUUCGUAAUUAAUCGAAGCGUUAUGUUUGAAAACGGCGUACACAAUCGGCACGUACCUAUAACGUCGCAAACACGCAAAAUAUUAUGUUAGAUAUUAUUAUAUAAUUUUCAGGGGUUAAUUGUUGUAUUAUAUUUACGAAAUAAAAUAACGAAACUGGCCAAACUAAUGAACAAUAAUCUUAACUCGCGAUUAAGUUAAUUGAAAGCUCGUUGUCGGUAUUUAUUGACUAAGUUAUGUUAGUCAAAACGUUACGUCGAAGACGAUUCAUUGACUUGUUAACGCGAGUAAAAUUGAUCGGCGGAUUCCGAAUGCAGUGAGAUUUCACUACCAUGUGUGCUUUUAUGUUUUAAAUUUAAUUUUUCUGCCUUUUAACCACUUUUCUGCCGGUAAUCUUGAUCCAAUGGAAAAUUGGCCGAAGAAUUUUUUUUUUUUUAUAGAAUUUUGGAUCUAGUUGAUGGACUUAUUUUAAAGGUCUUUUCUUUCUAAGCAGUUUUCAUACUGCAUACUUGUAUAAUUGCAUUUGCCGCGAUAAAAAUUUCGAUUUUACUUUUCUUCCAUAAAUCUUGUACCGAAAUUAACGUGUAGAAUUUUUUCUGAAAACAAAUUGUUUCCAUUUGUUCCGAGAAUUUCAAAUUAUAUACAUAUAUGUAUAUUAAACCUCCUUAAAAUUAUCUAAACGUGGUAUGAUGCAAAAUUAACUCUUUAUUACCUAAUUAUAAAAUUAAAGUAAAAUCAAUAAGUGUUAAUAAAAAUAAAAAAUAAAAAGUCCAACCUUGUAAAAUAACUCGGUGUAUGGUUCAUAAAAAAUUAAAUAGUUAGUAUUAUAUUAUUUUACAUCUCAAUACAUAUUAUUAAGUAUAACUUUGCAACCGUACUUUGUAUGUAACUUAAUAGAAAUUCCAAUUUAAUACUAAAACCGAAGGUUAUAAAUUAUAGUUCGUGUAUGUAUAGAAAUAAUAUUUUUAUAUACACUUUUUAUCAAAUAAGUAUUAUGCUUAGUCGUUUAGUUCAAUAAAUUAUAAUACGUAGUUAUGGCCGGGACAUUUUUGAGCCCAUUUUAAUAAUGUUCAUAAAUAUUAAACGCAGAGCCUAUAAUACAAUAAACAUUGAUUCGGUGGCAUGGAAAUAUAUUAUAAGUUGAAGGUAUACCUAUACUUAUCAAUGCUAUAUAGAACAAUCGGAAUUGAACUGCGAGGAGGGAGGCACCAGAGACAAAAAUCAAUAACUCAUUAAACAAAACACUAUACUCGUAAAUAAUGGCCAAAAUGUCAAAAAUGUCCGGAGGAAAAAAUAGCCGAAAAAAUAAGAUCCGGACGAACAUAUGUCCGGGGAUAUUAUAUCCGGAGGCUACUCGAAAAAAUACACAUAGUAAAACUAUAGAAUAAAAACAAUACAUAUAAAAAAUCUAAAGAAAAAUUAAGGAAAUAAAAAAAAAAAUUUUAAUAUUUUAGAUUCUGAGUUGAGCAAAGAAGUUUAUUAUUUUUUUUUUUUUGUAGACAACUAUUCUACUAGCAAUUUUGCUUCAACUUUUAAUGGUGGCAUUUUUUCUAAAAGGAAAUUUCUCUGGAGAAGUUCUUUAAAAAAGGUCGGUUUUCGAUUUCCUGCGGAGUUUUCUCAGCAAAUAUGAAAAACUGAGAAAAACCGAAAAAAAGUAGAGAAACUGGAGAAAUUGGUACUUACAUUAAACAAAUAAUAUUAAAGAAGAUAUAUAGAGCCUAUUUAAUUAUUUUUCUUUAAUAUAGUAUAUAUGUUGUUGGCAAAGCAUCACUAUCAACUGAACUCCGCUCAGAAUCGUUUUUUCGUAAGCAAUGGUUUUUAUCGUUGUUUACAGGCAUACAUUAAAUUACCUAUAACAGUGGCUGCUCCCGUUCCAUUAUCCCAGGUCGUCUUUUUUUUAUUGUACUUUUUAUUAACAUUGAUUGCACUUAAGUUGACAUUGCUGAGUUGGCGUGUUUUCGUAAGUCCAUGUAAAUUUUUGGAGUGUCUAUUCUUAUAUUUUUUUUUAUUCUACGAUUAAAUUGAUAUCCACGGUGACAUGGUUAUAUUUUUUGUACAUACAUGUAUAGGUACACUCCAUGUAUAUUGGUUCAAAUAGAACAUAAAUAAAAGGAAAAUUCAUCAUAAAUUAAAUCUUCAUACAGUAGCUAAUUGGUAAUAUAUUAAGAAGGUGUCCUUAAUAGAAAAUAUAUAAUGCCUAUUUGAUUUUACCAUAAUACAAUGUAUACAAUAUACAUGUAUUUCUUAAAUUACAAUUAGGUAUGUAACAUUGUUCUUGGGUUAUUAUUCCCAUAAAGAAUCAUUGACCGAUCAUUUGUAUUUGUGUUGACCCAAGCCAACUUUAUUAUUAUCAUUAUUUUUUUUUUUUUUUGAUAAGUGAAAAUUUGUACGUUAAAACGUUCAAAUUUUAACAAGAAUCGUUUAAAUUAUAGCAUUUGGAAACGUGUUUAACGGAACUUAGCUAAGAAUCGUUUUUCGUAAAAAAAUGAUUAAUAGGUUCGGUAUAGUAUAUAAUAUACAGUAAAUUGUUCUAUGUAUUCUAAAGGUAUGAAUGCAUUGUAUUGGACCAACUUCCUGCUUACAAUAGCUGGUUAUAGUUUACAGCCUACCUCUUCAUUUUUUUUUUCACUUUCAAACGUUUGGGCAUGAACAAACAAAGACAUAAUAUUAUAAUAUUUAGUGUCGUUACACGUUAUUGCACGGCCAGCAAUAAAAUAAUAAUAACGAACGUCAUUACGGUAUCGAUCGGGGUGAGUUUGUUGCAAAAAAAAAAAAAAAGUUUAUAAUUAUUAUUGUUAUUAUUGUAUUACCGUCGGGUCGUAAAAGGGGCCCGAGCGAUUAUUCGUGGUGUGUUUAUAUACAUAUUUCGCAAUCUCGAGCGAAAGUUUUUGAAGUCGAUAACGUAAAAUUUACGAGAAUUGCACGCGGGCGGGCAAAUGGUACCCAGGGGUAGAAGGAGAACGAGCAGAAGGAGGACGUUUGGUUUGUGAACGUGAAAUCGCACACGUCUUGUCGGGCUUACCUUGUAAAACGCGUACAAUAUUAUAAUUUACAUCCAACGGUAUUUCAUUAAAUAUUUAUGUGUAUUUAUACAAUAUCUAAUAAUAUGAGCACCGCCAUGCUCCCCUCCUCCAUGAAACGCGUUGUCGAUUGAGUGUUUAUAACUAAAACUAUAUAAUGAUUAAUUUUGAAAAUAUUCCGAUAACGCUCGAUAUUUAAAACCGAUAAUGAUGACAAUAUUAGGCGAAAUGUUGAGAAAAAAUUGAAAAAUUACGAGGUAGUAUAACUAUUAUUGCGUAUAAAGUCGUAUAGGCGAAAAAGGAAUCAAUUUAACUUAUAUAAAUAACGGAGAAAAUUUGGCUCCGGGGGCGGGAAACCUCGGUCCCGUUUACCUCGGACGACCAUAGUUAAUCCCUGAAAUGAAGUUUUAGAUUCUGAGUGGAGCGAAGAAGCUUUUGGUUUUACAAAGAUAUUUUUAAUUUUUUUUUUUUUUUUUUGUUCUAUGGACAACCUUUCUACCAGAGAUCUUGCUCCGAUUUUUAUGUGUAGUAUCUUUUAUGAAUGGAAAUCCGAAUGGGAGGUACUAUAAAGAGGUCGUUUUUAAAAUUUUUUCAAAAGUUUUCUCAUUAAAUGCGAAAAACCGAGAAAAAAAUGAGAAAAUUAUGAAAAACCGGGAAAAUCGGUACAUUAUUGAACAAAUAUUAUUAAAGAAAAUAUAUAAAGCCUAUUUGAUUAUUUUACUAUAAAAUGGCAUACAUAUUGUUGACAAAGCAUCACUAUCAACUGAACUCCGCUCAGAAACGUUUUUUCGUAAGCAAUUGUUUAUCGUAGCUUACAGGUAUACAUUAAAUUACUUAUAACAGUGGCUGCAUACGUUCCCUUUAUUCUAGGACGUCUUUAAAAGAAAAAAAUUAUCUAAAUGAUAAUGAUUUUAACGGGACUAAAAUUCAUCCAAUUUCAAAUAAUAUAGAUUCUAUCGUAUACGGAUACGGAUUACCUAUAUAGAAUAUACGUAGGUUCGGGUAGAAGAAAAAUACAUUCGCUAUCUAGAUAAAUUAUAUUUUUUACUAAGGAAGUAGGGAAAAAUAAUAUUGCAAUAUUAAUUUGUCUAAAAACGUAUGGAGAACGUUUAGGUUUCCAUGUCUCAGCUCUAAUACCAUUAGUGUACAAAUUUCAAUAAGUAACCAACAAUAAUAAACAAUAUUGUAAAUUAAGAGUAAACUUUUUAAAAUUAAUAUAAACCAUAUUUACCCACCUACAUAACAAUAAAAACUAAAUGCAGUAUUUACCUUCCACAAGUGAAUAAUAGUUAAAUAAAUAAAUAAAUACUUACAUUUUUAUUUCGAAAUUAAAUGAAAUAUCAAAUUUCCUGCAUUCAAAUGCCUAAAAAAUUCCGUAUAAUUAAAUGGGAUGAAACGUGGAAUAAAACGAUUCGAAAUAUGUUCCAUUAGUUACCUAUCCAAUAUAUCACUAUGCGUGCGUUACUAAAAUUGUAAAUGAAAAUACAGUAUACGACGUUUGAGGCAGGGCGGGUGGCACUUCAAGGGUCCGCAGACCGUAAAUUAUUCUAGCACCCUGUUAUUUCAACAUACGAAUAGUAUAUUAUAAUUAAACUUAUGUGGGCAUUAAUUUGGUGUGUGACCUAAACAUUUUCGUCGCAGUGUGUGACCCACAAUAUGUAAUCUCUCGUUCGAUUAGAUUGAGGUAUUUAAUAUAAAGUUGAGUAUAUGACAAAUCUUAAAAAAAAAAAUGGGGUUAUGUGAGACGGUUCCCUAUACUGAGACUGGUUCAAGAGAGGGAAGAGGCUAGGGUGCUAUGGUCCCGAGGCACAAGUUGAAGGGAGCCUCACGAUUCAUUUUUGCUUAUUGGUAUUUAUACCAAUGUUGAAGGAUCAUAGCCCUGGGGUCCCUGGACCCCCACAACCCUAAAUCCGGUCCUGUUUGUUACUUAUAUACUGGCUUCUUUGGCACAUCUUAAGGAAGGGGAAAUAGCCGCUAACCUAUCCUGAAUUAUAAAUCAGAUGCUGCUGUAAGGAGGAUAGUGUUCUAAAUGUAAACUUAAACUUCUCUACGUGACAUCAGGCCUUUGCCGACCGCUGUAACCACACGAGGUGAUGUUAUAUCGGAUAUUUAAUUAAAAAUAAAAAAAAAAAUCGUCAUUUGUUGAAAACUAGGCCAGAAAUGUAACCGGGAAAAAUAACAAAAAAAAAAAAUUAAACCUACAAAAAAAUAUCACACAACAUAACAAUAUUUAACCUCGAAGUGGUAUAACUUUGAAAGUCCGGUCAAAAAAUAUUGAUUAUACUAAUAAACUUAGCGUCCAAAAAUACACGAAUAGAAAAAAAAAAACAGAAAAUCUAAUUUGGUGAAAAACUAGUAUCCCUUUGAAAUAACGUGGCAAAUAAUGUCACGGUAAAAAACGUCGCGUGAGCAAAAAUGUCUCGAUUACAAUUUGUUUUUCUGUGAACAAAUUUUAUACCAGAAAUUUUUCGCUCCAAUUGUCAAGUUUAGCACUUUUUCUGGUGAAAAUUUGACUGAUUGAAAUUGUACACUUGUAAAUUGUAAUGAGUUUAUUUUUUUUAUUAUCUCUGGGGUUUUCAUAAUAAUUUUAAAAUGGGAAAAACGAGAAAAUGUACGAAAUGUAUUAUUUUCUAAUCGUACAUAUUACGGUUUUUCAUUACACGUACAAUUGAACUCUGCUCAGAAUCGUUUUUCGAUAACAAUGAUUAACCGUUGCGUAAAGAUGUACAUUAAAUGUCUCCUCUACCUUCCCAACUUCUGACCUACAACAGUGGCCCACCGAUCGUACGAAAUAUAUCCUCUUUAUUAUUAUUUUUUUUUUUGAAUUUGAUUUCUAUUGAUGUUUUUGUUUUACUUAUUUCGGUAGCCUUGACGUUGUUUUUGUCGGGUUAUCCGAUUUUAAUACAAACGAGUGAACGCGCAUAAUGUAUAGGGUACACAUUUUGAAGUCGUUAUUCAAUUUUACUGUGUGCAAUAGUGUAAUAUUGUGGCAUUAGUGGGAUAUCCGUGCGUAUUCGUGUUUAUAAUGAAUAAUAAUAAUAAUUUAUUUGCAAAUUUUUAUUUGGCGACAUUUUUGUAAUAGCAUUAUUUUUCGGUACAUGACAUUUUGACCACAACGCGACAUUUUGACACGGAUUUCGUAAAGCUAUGUUUAUUUUUUAUUUUUGUUUUUUUCGUCGCGCCGUGACAAAUGACUCGGUAGGUCAUCGUCGGUCUGUAGGUAGCACACUGCAUUAUAAACGAAUGCCAUUAUGUAUUAUUGUAUCCGGCGUAAUAAUAUUACGUGUAAUGAUUUUGUGCUAGUUAUUUUUUUAAACGUUUGAUGGUUUUUUUUUUCUCUGUCCCGCCAUAGGUGACAUGGUGAUACGCGAAGGGACGGCCGCCACGAAGAUGUAUUUCUUGCACGAAGGCGCGGUCGAAGUGCUGGUGUCCGACGCCCAGGAGGUGGUGGCCACGCUGAGCGACGGCAAUUACUUCGGCGAGACGUGCCUGUGGGCGUUGGGCGCCCGGCGUUCCGUCAGCGUGCGGGCCGAGACCUACUGCAACCUGUUCUCGUUGACCGCGACCGCGUUCCACCGCGUCGUCGAUCGGUAUCCCAAGUUCAAGGACCACGUGACCGCCGUGCUGGUGGACCGGGCCAACCGCGUGGCCGCGGUCGGCCAACGUCCGCCCGUAGACACCAAACUGUAGACGAAUACAAUCAAAAUAAUAAUAUUAUUCCACCCUCUGCCCCUGUCCCAACUGUCCGACCCGCUCCCUACCCCUGUACAUUGUUUCCUCUGUUCCGACGAUAGUGUUAUUAUUCUUCCUCUCUUUGACUAUAUUAUAUUGUUAUUUUAUGCAUUCAGAUCUGACCGCCGACGACGAUUCUAUAAAUAUAUAAGUAGGUAUAAUAUUAUAAUUAUAUAUCGUAUUGCCAUAAAAUAUUAAUACUAUACCUUAUGAUAAAUUAUACUGUUCAUG